AUGACUUUGCUGAACAAAUCAAAAUAUGCAAAAGAUACUGAGGAGGUCCACAUUUCCGGGAUUAGGGUGGGCUCACACCUGCAACCAGUCUGCAUUCUUGGUAUCUGCUUAUAAACAUGCUAACUGUGGGUGGGUGGGUGUUGUCAACACUGUAACUUCGUUAUUCCUAAAACUCUUCCCUUUGUACAGCAGGCUAUAUUCUAGCCACACAAAAAUCUGAGAUUUCUGCGCUCACCCACAUCUCUCUAUCCAAACAAGUAAGAGGCAUCAUCAACAGCUCAGAAACACAAUUCAGCUGAAGUGCUACUGGAGGGUGUAGAGCCGGACUAGUGAGGAGUGUAGCCUGGGAAAGAGGCUUGACCCAGGGAGAGUCCCAAGGGCAGGAUGGAGAGGUCCUUAGACCUGACAUUCCCCACCCGCUGCUGUAUACCCAGAAUGGGUAAUAUAAUCAAAACCAGAAAGACCAAAAACCAGAGGCUGAUAGUACAGAGGAAGUUUCACCAUGCUGCAAUUGAAAAGGUUGAAGGUUUUCCUAAAGUGCACCCUGGAUUGAUUGAUUGAUUUAAGUAUCUUGCUCACAGCACCACAACUCACAUAGCACCAAGUGGAGACAUCUGGGUGUUUCCCACUGCCACAUGUACUUUUUUGUGGGGAGGGACAUGAUCUAUCAUCCUCCUCUAGUCAUUAAGAGUGAUUACAUGUUUGGUGUGCCUCCCAGUUAUUGUUAGAUGGCAGUGAUGGAGGACGUCCAUUCUAUUUUUUUCCUGAAGACAUUUUUUCUUCCCUGUUGACUUCUCAAAACCCACACUUUACAGGAUCUUAUUCUUUCCCUUUCCUUUGAGUUGUCUGGCAUCAGUCAGAGACAAGAGUAAGCCUGGCCGGCAGAUCCAUUUGCUGCCUACCUUCGUUCCACAUGGCAAGAUCCAGACAAAUUUCCCACUGAUUGCGGGGAUGUUCACUUAUUACUAUAGUUCAGCUUGAGGGCUUUGCAAUGGUGAACUGAAGCAAUCCACCAUGUUUGUGCAAGAGCUUCUUCUGGUGGUGAUAAUAUUUUUUGCAAGUCGUAUUAUGUGGAACCAAUCCAGGUCUCUCCAGGCGAGUCAACAGAGUUCACUAUGGGAUAUAAUUAUUGAGGAUGCUCUCAUACAUUUGUCUGAUAAGCUGGUGCUAUGCAAUGAGGCUGUAUAAUAGAUAUCGUUAGAGAUAACCUUAUAUUUUCUUUUCUUUUAAAUUACUGGCCACUUUGAUAAUCAAAACGACAUUGAAAUGCUAUGACAAAACACAAAACACAUUGCAAAUAGGGAGACACACACAAUUCAUUUUGAAAUAAGCACCCAGUUUUUAGGCAAAAGUUACAACUUUGCAGCAACAGAGCUCUUCACUUAUGAUAGAAACUGCAUAUACAGUGUACAUUUGAAGUACGUUUGAAGCACAUUUUCCUUCUCUAAGAAAUCUAGGCACUGUGAUUUGCCCCUUACAGAGUUACAACUCUUAACAAACUACAGUGCCCAGAAUUCUUUGAGGGGGGGAUUUGUCCCUUGAAUGUGCUUUAAAGGUAUAGUGUGUAUGUAGCCAGAGUGUGCCUUGUUGUUGUUGUUGUUUAUUGAUUUUAUAUGCUGCCCUUUGGCCGGAGGUCUCAGGGCGGUUCACAGAAUAAAAUCAAAAUAUAACACCACAAAAUACACAAUCAAAUUAAAAACAACAACCCAAUAACUCCCCCCCAAAACCACCCACAUUUUAAAAGGACAUAGGAUGUUAGUCAAAUCAACCAAAGGCCUGGUCAAAAAGGAACGUUUUUGCCUGGCACCUAAAGUUGUAUAAUGAAGGUGCCAUAUUUUCCCUUUGAUAUGUACCCCCUGUUAAAUACAUCCCAUGAUCAUGCUGAUUAGCUCUAGCUCCACCAGGGGCGAUUUGACUAAUAUUCAUAGCCUAUUUAAGCAUGCGCAAUAGUUUUCUAACUGUUCUCCUCCUUUUCCCCUUGUGGUUCUGAACCACCCACACACCUUCCUAGUACCUUAUAAGGCAUUAUCUUUCAGCUACUCUCAGUGAUUUCUUAACUUGACUUAUUACCACGAGUUUCCUGUUCCUUCGCAAUGCAAGCAGUUACAACAGCAAGGUAUGGUUGUUUAUGCUAAGCUUUUCUUACCCAUUUAUCCCACAGGUGCCACUGCAGAGAAGGCCUGUGAGUGUUGCCACCCUCCGGACCUCUCAAGGAGGAGGCACACAAAGCAGGGCCUCAAAAGAUAAUCUCAGGGUCUGGGUAGAUUCAUAUGGAAAGAGGUGGUCCUUGAGGUAUUGCAGUUCUGAGCCGUUUAAGGCUUUAUAGGUCAAAUCCAGCACUUUGAAUUGAGCCCAGAAACUAAUUGGUAGUCAGUGCAGUCGGACCAGGGCCAGUGUAAUAUGCUCAAACCCUCUUGCUCCGGUGAGCAACCUGGCUGCUGAAUUCUGUGCUAGCUGAAGUUUCCGAACAGUCUUCAGAGGCAGCCCUACAUAUAACCACCUUGAGGUUACCAGAGCAUAGACAACAGUAGUUAAGCUAUCCCUGUUCAGAUAGGGGCAUAGUUGGGCCACCAGCCGAAGCUGAUGGAAGGCACUCCGGGCAACUGAGGCCACCUGAGUCUUGAGUGAGAGCAAAGGAUCCAGGAGGACCCCCAAGCUGCGAAGUUGCUCCUUCAGAGGAAAUUUUGCUUCAAAAGUUUCGUAGUAGCAAAAAUUGCUGCAUUUGGGGCUUUCACCUAUUGGCUCCGGAGGCAAAUGGAAUCCUACUUGCUUCUGCUUACUCCUGCAAGUAUGAAGGAAGGAGCAAUUGGGCUGGAGGGGAAGGAGCAGAGAGGUGGGAUUCAGAGCUGCUCCUGUGAAACUAUCAUUUAUAACUUUGGCAACCCAGACCUCUAAUUUCAAAAGGAUGUGGUUGACAAAGCACAAACCAACAACCUCCCAGUUCUGCAGAAGGUAAAUCCCACUGAUGAAGAUAUAGACAGAGCUGAACCGAGAUAUUUCUGAUCCCAUGAUGAGUCAUAACAAUUCAGACUAUAACAUUUCGUUAUAAAUUAAGGGGAUUUCCACUGAACUGAAUGAGAAACGGAUGUUAUAGAUUAAUUUUGCACGUGAUGUCAUUGAACAAAGGGCAUUUCACUCACUGUUAUGUCACGAAGAGACAUGUUGCAACCCAAAGAAAUAGUUUUAACCACCACCACCCUUUCUUUUUACAUGGGACUUUUUAUGUUCGGCAAACUGAUUUUCCACCUUAAUAUGAUUUGUUUAAGUUUUAACCAACAACAAAUUUCUUUUAUUCUCUGCUGUUCCUUCUGAUAACUGCUAUUAUUUUCCAGGGCAGACCUUAUCAGCAGACUUUCUACAUGAUACAUUUGAAUAUAUACACAAGACUUCCUAAAUCCCAGCAGGUUACAUAGGGAAACUGGUGUUUAAAGUGCUCCCAGAUAAGAAUGGCCUGUUUCUUCAGCUAUGAGUUCAAAGCUUGAAAUAUCACAAGAUUCCUCAGUGGUGGGAAAUAUGUUUUUUUGGUAGCUGUACAAAGAAUCGCCAGACAUCCUGUGUUGUUUAGGAUGUCCUGUUUUUGGUGUUAAGAAGGGAGAAAGGUUGGGACUGUAGUCUCUUGCAGUAUCAAAAUGAUUCAUAAUGGCCCCAUAAUUCACAUACCCAAUUUAACUGAAGUUCUCAAAUUUAAACUGAUCCAACAGCAAUGAGUCAAAUAAGUGUCUUCAAAAAAAUAAGCUCAAUCUUAAAAGGAGAGAGUGGCUUCAAUUAUUAUGGUAAAGUAGGGGGAAAUAGGAUGCAUGAUUGCCUUGAACAUCUGUUUUUCAUGCUGCCAUGUCAUAUCUGAAGAGGAAAAUUGCUUUUACUCAUGUGAUGAGUCGUAUGAGCAGCAGAUACUGAUAUAGUCCAUGUAUCUGAGCUGAGAAACUUGCUCCUUCCAGCUACCAUCAGCCCUCACUCAGGCCCUCAGAGGGACAGGAAGCAGUAGCUUUUCCGUUGUGCUUAGCUCCAUCUCCCUACGAGCUCAAUUACGGUACUACCUGAUCUACUUUGUAACUAAUAACCAGUGCGCAAGUUUGCUCCCCACCCCUUCCUUCCCAACCCCUUUCCCCUUUGUGUUAUGUAUUUCUUUAGCUUAUAAACCUAACAGUAGGGUUCUUUCUUUCUACACUAUUCAGCUAAAGUGUAGUAAAACAGCAGCAGCAGCAGCAAAAACAAUAACAACAAAGGAGGAAAUACUCAAUUUCCCUUGUAAAGGGACCCCUGACCAUUAGGUCCAGUCGUGACCGACUCUGGGGUUGCAGCGCUCAUCUUGCUUUAUUGACUGAGGGAGCCGGCAUACAGCUUCCAGGUCAUGUGGCCAGCAUGACUAAGCCGCUUCUGGUGAACCAGAGCAGAGCACGGGAACACCGUUUACCUACUUGCACUUCGUGUUUUCGAACUGCUAGGUAGGCAGGAGCUGGGACCAAACAACGGGAGCUCACCCCAUCGCGGGGAUUCGAACCGCCGACCUUCUGAUCGGCAAGUCCUAGGCUCUGUGGUUUAACCCACAGCACCACCCACGUCCCUAAUUUCCCUUGUUGUUGUUGUUGUUUAGUUGUUUAGUCGUGUCCGACUCUUCGUGACCCCAGGGACCAGAGCACGCCAGGCACUCCUGUCUUCCACUGCCUCCCACAGUUUGGUCAAACUCAUGCUGGUAGCUUCGAGAACACUGUCCAACCAUCUCGUCCUCUGUCGUCCCCUUCUCCUUGUAAUUUCCCUUGUUACCCACAUUAAAUAACAGCAUGAAUAACAGCAUGAAUGAUUCCUGAGACUAUGGACUAGGGAAGAGAACAAGAUAGUGCUAUCUUCUGGACUGGUUGUAAGUUAGAGGGCAGACAGGCGAAAGCUGGGCUGAGGGUGGACUCAGGUUAGUGGGGCAGUGUCCCAUUUACCCUUGUGCACUAGCCUCCACUAUGGCAAAUCUUUGAAAAUAUAUUCUACAAUUUUAGCAAGGGAGGACUUCAGUCUUUCAAAUUUCAGCAGUGCCCUGUGUGAGGCCAAAAUUUAUCCUUUGCUUCUUGCCUUCCAUUCUGCUCAAUAGUUGCUAUGCUCUGUGGUGCCCCCUAGAUUCUGGUUGUGCUGCCCUAAAUCCACUUAUUUUAGAAUAGAAUUUUAAAAAGCCUCUCUCCUUGUCCUUAUUCACCAAAUAUGUCAUGCAGAUGGUAAGCUCUAGUUUAUUCCUAGAGAUCUCAGUGUGAUCACACUUACGUACAUUGGGCACAAGUUGUUUAAUAUUUUACAGCUACAAGGUUUCAUAAAUGUUUUAUUUUUCAUUUACAAGAGCACAUUAUAUAAGGGAACAAAGCAAGCGAAUGAGGUAUUUAUUACCUCCUCAGUUCAAAGGCUGAUGUUGUACACUAUAUAGAUUUAGUGCCAUAAUAUUUCUUUCUCGGUGAAUCGAGUUCACUGACAUCCAUUUUUAAGCAAAAUAGCCCUAACACAAACAAUGCUAGCCAAGCAGUAAGAAGGUACUUAACAGUCAGACAUACAAUGAUUAGCCAGAAAAGAAAACCAUGAAGAUUUUUGUCAUUUUGGCUUUCUCUUGAUGGUAAUGGUUUCUACCUUGCAGACUUUACGUAGAAAGAGAAAAAUCAAUUUCUUGCUCUGGUAUCCAUGAUAACAUUUUCGCAGGCUUUUUUUCCUUGUCACAGUACAAUGUGAAAUCCUAGCCCAAUUUCAUCUGACUUCCAAAUCUGGGCAUUAAUAAGCAUAUUCCUGGGGAUAGCUAGAGCGCAGUUUAAUUGGAGCCACAACUCAGCUACAGAAACUGGUGUUUCUUUGUUGUUGUUUUUAAUUUCAGGGCUUUUUCUUGGAUUGUGCUGUUUAAUCAUCUGAGCAUGUGCCAAGUGCUUUUUCUUUUUUGCAUAACCAUAGCAAACUCCAACAUAUCUGGGAGCAGAGUCAUUGGGGCAAAUAGCCCUGAGCACCAGAAGCCAUAAUAAUAAUAAUAAUAAUAGUCAAUUUUAUACUUUUUAUGUAAGCCACUUAAGAGAGCCCCCCCCCAAUAAAGCAGUAUAUAAAACUUGUUAAAUGUAAAACCUUAUUUUUGCUUCUUCCCUUCCCAUAAAUUUAUACUGAUGGAGACAUACAGAAAGUUAAUUCUUUGUCAUUCCAAUUCUAGGAGAGCGAAACCAGGUUGCCUCCUCUGUUUAGAUUACAGAUUGCUCAAAUAAAUUGCAGAAGGGUGUGCCGUGUGCUAGGUUAGUGUUUUUACAUAUAAGGAGAAUGCAACAUUGCCCAGAAACUCAGGAAUGUGAUUGGUGGAUUGAGGAACUAGUAUUAAAUUGACAAGAAGGUGUAUGUUAAAGAAGACCUAGAGUCUAGUGAUGUCUAAAUCUUAAAAUGAACAAAUGUGUCCACUCAACCUCAAUGGUGAUGAUGACAUCAUCACCCAUCAUUCUGCCUUCCAGGAAACAAAUCCUCCCAAGAUAGCUAACAAGUUAAAAUACUUAUUUUUAAAAACACAACAAAAAUAACCAAUGUAUUAAAAAAAACCCCACCAGGAUCCUUCUCAAAGGGCAGCUCAGGAUAAUUGCUUCCCCUAUUUCCUUUUUUAAAUCUGCCAAGAUGGAUUUCAACCCAUGAGAGACCCAUUAGCCAACAAAUGUAACAUAUGAUUUAGAAAAUAACCUGCAAGUCCUCCGCAUGCGGUUUUCAAAGAGCUUCUUAAUCUUACAAUUUAAAACAAAUAAGCAGAAGCAGGCUUCCCAGUGCAAGAAACAAACAGUUGUAUGGAGAGUAACUAAGCCCUGCCUAACACACACAAACCUACCAGGCACAUUUCCUCCUUAACAAUUGUCCACAGCCUUGAUAACACAAGUAAUGAGGGAUACAUGACAUCACACCUGUUGGUCAUAACAUGUGAUACAUCUAAUGACAAUAUGCCAUGCGUCCAGUAAUAACCCCAGUGAAUGUGCACAGGGAAAUGAACCUGCACAGCAAGAGCUUGGAACCUGUUGAUGAACAUUUAUUCUGACAUGGUUACUCCUUCUCCAAGUUCUUAGCCCCUAAUAAAAGGCAAGGGGAACUGCCUACAUGUAGGAACCUUGUUUGGGAUUAGCAGCUCACCACAGGAAUAUGAGGAUUUGCUCUGUGCUGCUGAAAAAUCUCUUGUUUUGGAGGCUUGCCUUGGCACAAGAAAACCCCUCUAUUUCUGGGUCAAAUCACUGCUUAAAAGCAGCUUGUUGCCACAGGGAGCAAAACAACGGCCAGCCAUCUUGUAGGUAGCGAGCACAUUCCCACGCGAAGGCAAAGUUCCUGACUGUCUGUCUAAUCUGAAAAUUGCCUUACAGACAAAGCCACCAGGCAGGACUCUAUUUUAUUUUUUUUAAAUAGCUCAAUGGCACAGCACAUGCUCAGUUCUAGGCAUCUCCAGGCAUCUCCAGGACUGCAUAAGACCUGUGUCUAAAACCAUGGAGAGCUGCUGCCAGUCAGUGCUGAGAUAAUGGUUGUCCGACUCAGUAUACAGUGGUACCUCGAGUUACAUACGCUUCAAGUUACAGACUCUGCUAACCCAGAAAUAGUGCUUCAGGUUAAGAACUUUGCUUCAGGAUGAGAACAGAAAUCGUGCUCUGGCGGCGCGGCAGCAGCAGGAGGCCCCAUUAGCUAAAGUGGUGCUUCAGGUUAAGAACAGUUUCAGGUUAAGUACGGACCUCUGGAACGAAUUAAGUACUUAACCCAAGGUACCACUGUAAUUGGCUUCCUGUGGUUCUUUGGGAGACAUCAAUAAACAUCCAGGUUUUUCUUUGUUGUUAUUGAUGGGGGGGGGCAUUCAACAGAGAGAAGAACAUCAAUCCAAUCACUACACAUAUUUUUUGACAAACACCAAACUGGUGAUGUUAUAGAAGCAUGGAUGGAGAUUGCACCUACAAGUUAACCUUCCAAGGGGGGGGAAAUGGCUCUGGAAAGUGCCGUGCCUACAGAUAAAGCUUUCUAAUGAAGUGGUUGUUUUAUAAACUUUAUUUUUCCCUUGCACAAAGUAAGGUGAUAAGCUGUAGAUAUGAAUUUCUGUUUCUGUUUCCCUUGGCUAGCAAAUAUGUAAAAGGUAUUAAAGUAGCUGAGAAAACUUUGGGGAAUGACAAGCCUAUAAAAAAAUGUGGUGGUAGCUGAACUUGUUCAUAUUUCCAGCGUUCUAAUGUGCAUAUUUCUCAUUUCUCAUAAAUGUGUGUUUUCAGUCCACAAAUUAUUAGCAGACCUCCUCCACAAAAAAGCAUAUGUUGCUGUCAAACAUUUAGUGGCUCUUCCGAAUAGAAGAAAGCGUGUGCAGGUUGGCCGAUGUAGCCACAACGGCUUCCUGCUUGAGUCAAGAAUAACCUGUUUUGCUAAUUUCUUUAUUUUAUUUUACAAACUUUAUAUCCUGCUUGAUUGUAAAAACAAACCUCAAAGCAGUUUACAAAAAGAAAAUAAUAAUGAAGUUAUCAGUAAAACACAACUAUUUAAAACAAAUUAAAUUAAAACCAUCAUUAAGGUAAAACCAGAUUAAAACACUUGUCAACAUGCUACAUGUAUGGAUUGGCUUGCCUAAACAAAAGUAGUUUUAGCAGGCACCCAAAAAGGCAUACAGUGCCAGCCUGACAUCAGUCAGAGUGGCUGGGGAAACCCAGCUGGGUGGGUGGGGUAUAAAUAAUAAAUUAGUAGUAGUAGUAGUAGUAGCUGCCUAAUGUCUGUCAUCUGAUAGAAUACCGUCAGGUUAUUGCCAUUAAUCAGGAGUAUAGCUGUAUGUGCUCAGAGGUGGCCCCAAUGUUGCUGAAAUGCCUUUACAAUGCUAUCCUAUACAUAACUCAGAAGUAAGCUGUACUGAGUUCAGUGCAACUUACUCCCAGACAGGUGAGAAUAGGAUUGCUGCUUUAGGAAAAUGUGAUAGAAUGGUGUCUCCAGUUCCUUUUCUCUUCCUUCCUUCCAUCCAUCCAUCCACCCGCCUACCCACCACACUUUUUUCAAAUGAAAUCUGGCAGACAGUUCUAUACCACGUCAAUGGGACGCGGGUGGCGCUGUGGGUUAAACCACAGAGCCUAGGACUUGCUGAUCAGAAGGUCAGCGGUUUGAAUCCCCGCAAUGGGGUGAGCUCCCCUUGCUCGGUCCCAGCUCCUGCCAACCUAGCAGUUCGAAAGCACGUCAAAGUGCAAGUAGAUAAAUAGGUACCACUCUGGCGGGAUGGUAAACGGCAUUUCCAUGUGCUGCUCUGGUUCACCAGAAGUGGCUUAGUCAUGCUGGCCACAUGACCACAUGAGCUGCAUGCCGGUUCCCUCGGCCAGUAAAGUGAGAUGAGCCCCGCAACCCCAGAGUCGUCCGCAACUGGACCUAACGGUCAGGGGUCCCUUUACCUUUACCUAUACCACGUCAGUAACCAAAGCCUCUUGUCCCAUGGCAUGUACCACACCAAAAGGGGCAUAUAAAUAAAACAAAAUGGCAUGUGUGUCUGAAGUAGCUCUUUGGAUUGUAGCAUCGUGUUGACUUCCAGCAACAUGGAAGCCACAACCCAAAGAGCUGUUUUAGGGACUAGAGCUGUCUAGUCCCAAAGAAAAGGCUAACUUUUUUUUUUGUUUGCCAUCCUUUUCUUGGCAUGUUUUAAUUGUUCAAGUAUUACCUGGCCGCAUAAACACCUGGCAGGUUGAGACGAUUUCUAUGGCUCAUAUAAUUGCAGGUAUAAAUUAGAUUGGGUCAUAAAAAAAGUUCUGUGUAAUCAAAAGUUGCGUAAUAUAUAUUUGUUAAUUUUUACCUAGUUGUGAGGACGUGGGUGUUGGGUGUCUUUCCACAUCCACCAAAUAUGAAGCUACCUUAUAAGGCUUUGGACAAAUUAAUGGAGGAUAGAUUUAUUAAUGUCUAUCAAUCAUGGUAGGUCAAUGUAUUUUUUUUUUUAAUGAUAUUUAUUAAAAUUUCAAAUAAUACAAGAAUUACACAAAAACAAAAAGUAAAAAUACAAGAAAAUACAAAAUACAAAAAAUAAAAUAAAAAAAACCCUUAAAAAGAAAAAGAGAAAGAAAAAUAGAUCCAUCUUUCCAUAACUUACAUUCAUAUCCUUAUUUCCCAUGAAAAAUAAAAAGGAACAUACAAAAUAAAAACAGUUAAAAACACAUUAAUUUUCCCUAGCAUAUCCUCCUUACACUUAUUUCCCCGGACCUCCUCAUACCUCCCUUUUUUGUAUUCCAGUUCAGUUUGUUAGUUCAGCAAAUCCUUACCAUUAAGCUUUUACCCAUUUGUGAACCUUUUUUUCAUAUCUCUUAAAGCAUUACAGCUGGAAACCACUUAGUUUCUAUCCAGCAUCCUUCUAAGAUUCAUUAAUUUUACAGUAUUUCUUUAAAUAGUCUUUAAAUUUCUUCCAGUCCUCUUUCACCGACUCUUCUCCCUGGUCUCGGAUUCUGCCAGUCAUUUCUGCCAAUUCCAUGUAGUCAAUCACCUUCAUCUGCCCAUGGUAGGUCAAUGUAACCUACAUGUACAGGGGUAGUAUACCUCAGCAAAUCAGAGUGCCAACACCAGGGCACAGUCAUUGCCUUCAUGUGCCCUUCAUGGGCACUUCCUUCUUACAGGUGCCAAAUACAGUAUGCUGAACUAGAUAGAUUUUCGUCUGAUCCAUCAAGAUAAUUGUUAUGUACAUUCACAAGUGUUUGAAUGCAUUCUGGAACACUUAACAAGGCAAUCCUAUGCAUGUUUACAUAGAAAUAAGCCUCACUAUGUUCAAUGGGUCUUAUUCUAUAGCAAGUGGGUUUAAAAAGGAAGGCUUACUUAUAUUUGACUAAGACUAAUGGACUCAUUGAACUCUGUUGGUCUGGCUUCUGAGUAGACAUGUUUAGGACUGUAUGGCCAGAAUAUAUAGUGCUAUUCUACCAUCUUCUCCCAUCAACUCAAGGAUUAUCACUAGUGCAACAGGAUUUCCUCCCUACACUACACACACACACACACCCUGCACCCUCGCGACAUAUGCUCCAGACUGUUGAGGGAACCCCUAGAACAGAUGGGGGAGAUCGCAGGAGGAGGAGGAAAAAGUCCUUGUACUGACAGAACUACUUACUUAGUUAAAAUAAAAAUUUAAAAACAUGGUACUAUUUGUCAUAUGGGUGUAGCCAGGAUUUUUGUUGGGGGGGGUAGGCCUUUUGUUAGGGGGGUAGGACUCUUGUUAGGGGGGCAGAACCUCAGUUAGCUAUGUAUUUUAAUAAUAAUAAUAAUAAUAAUAAUAAUAAUAAUAAUAUGAUGAUGUAUUUAUACCCCGCCCAUCUGGCUGGGUUUCCCCAGCCACUCUGGGUGGCUUCCAACAAACAAUUAAAAAUACAUUAAAACAUCAGUCAUUAAAAACUUCCCUUUAUUGAUUUUGAUUGAUGGGGGGGCAGCUGCCCCCCCCUGCCCCCCAGCUAUGCCCAUGAUCUGUCAUCUUUGUAUAAAGACUAGCAUAAUAAUAUAAUAAUAAAUAUAAUUAGUCUGACAUGAGGUCUGUAGAAGAACAAAUGCAUUCAUCCCUUAAAAUACAGUAAUGGCAUUUCUGGAUUGUUUCUCUGAAAAGUAUUGCUAUAGAAUUGCUGGGGUGGUGGUGAUAAGUCCGAAUGUCAUCCUGGGGUCCCCUCCAAACUUGUGGUUCAAAUCUAUAAAGUAAGGGGCUGUAACAAAGGAGGCUGCAAAAGCGAUCAAACCAGUCCCUUUGUUAAGCCAAUAGCUCUAUUAAGUAUCCGUUUAUAUGACUGAGGAGCACAGGUGACUGUGUGCCACAGAAACUACUAGCUAAAGUUUUUUCCAGAAGGUGAAGAAAAGGAGACAGUCCCCAAGCUGGAGGUGGUGUUAUAGGUGAGAAGGGAUGGAUGGAUUUGUCCAUUUAGGUUCUUUCUCUUUCUCAUUUUUCCAAUCUUAAAUUCCAUUCUACAAAUUUUGGCAGCAAUUUAUUAUUAUUUUUUAAAGCCUCAGGAAAAUUCAUUUGUAUUUUAGUGCAAAUUUCUCCCAACAGAUCCAUUUUUGUAUGCCGUUUUGAGUAAUGCACAGAUUUCUGUAAGCAAUUUCCCUUAAUAUAAUUCAUUUUUGUAUGCUGUGCUCUGUUAUCCAUCCAUCCCACCUUCAUCGCCAGUGUUAAGUUGUGGGUGAACAUAUCAGACCACACAGCGAUUCUUCAAACAGCUCUUGUUUAUUCACAGGCCAGAACAGAACUGAACUGAAGGGUUCAGCCAGCCUGCUUAUAUAGAGCUCCACUAGAACGCAACAGUAACCAUUUUCUGUAACGAUCCAAUCACUGAACGUCACUUUCGAUCCCUUAUUUGCAUAUGUGGACCUGAACUAUCUACAGUAUCCCCCUGCUGGCCCAGGGUGAGAACUUCAGUACAUAACAGUUGACAGCAAUGGUCCUUUACCUUUUUUAAAAAAUAGCAUACAGUGGUACCUCAGGAUGUGAACGGGAUCCAUUCUGGAGCCCCAUUCAUAUCCAGAAUAGAACGUAAGACGCGAAGGCAUGUCUGUGUGUGCGUGGGUCACGUUUUGCCACUUCCGCACAUGCGCGUGACGUCAUUUUGAACGUCUGCACAUGCGCGAGCAGCGAAACCCGGAAGUAACACACUCUGUUACUUCCGGGUUGCUGCAGAGCGCAACCCAAAAGCGCUCAACCUGAAGCACAUUCAACCUGAGGUAUGACUGUAUACCAUUAGACAUGUUUACAGACAAUAUGAAGAAACACUUUGGAAGACUUACAUCACAAUUCUAUGGGCAUAUUAUUUACUCUAAAGUAAGUCCCAGCCAAAGAUCAAUGUCCUAAACCUGUGGUGGCCAAACCCGGCCCUCCAGAUGUUUUGAGACUACGACUCCCAUUAUCCGACAACGAGCGCCACGUCAAAAAGUUCGGCUUUCUCGUCGCCGACAUUGGAGACAGAGCAGAGCAGGAGAUGCCAUGAGUGGCGGCAGGGUGUGUGUGCGUGCAUUGGGCACUCUUGCUGUGGGCAGGCGCACUCUUACCCCUUUCGGGAGAGGGUGGGUCUGGUCCCCCACAAGGCCUGAGGGACAGUGGACUGGUCCCCUGCUGAAAAAGUUUGCUGCCUCCUGUGAAACAAACUUACUGUGGCAGAUUUUGCCCAGCUGAUGUUCUCCAGAUGUUUUGGAUUCCAACUCCCUUGAGGUCCAGCUAGUGCUAGGAAAUAUAGUUUUAAGUAAACAUGCUAUGGCUUGCCGAUCAGAAGGUCAGCGGUUCGAAUCUCCGCAACGGGGUGAGCUCCUGUUGCUCGGUCCCUGCUCCUGCCAACCUAGCAGUUUGAAAGCACGUGAAAAGUGCAAGUAGAUAAAUAAAUACAACUCCAGCAGGAAGGUAAAAGGCGUUUCUGUGCGCUGCUCUGGUUCGCCAGAAGCAGCUUAGUCAUGCUGGCCACAUGACCCGGAAGCUGUCUGCAGAUAAACGCCAGCUCCCUCGGCCUAUAGAGUGAGAUGAGUACCACAACCCCAGAGUCAUCCUGACUGGACUUAAUGGUCAGGGGUCCCUUUACCUUUACCUUUUAACAUGCUUAGGGAUGGAUUGUCAUUUAAAUUAGCAAAUAGGAUAUAUAUAUAUAUAAAAUAUUGUAUAUCGUAUGUAUAUAUUAUUAUUAUUACACAAUAUUUUGACUACUCCCUUUCUGGAAUCUUCAAUCCCUUCCCUAAAACAUUAUUUCCAUCUCUCCCAUUUUGAGAUUUCCUGUCUUUUUAUCUCCAAUAGUUUACCUAUUCUUCUACUGUUUGUGCUCUGUAAUACUAGAGAGUACUUUUAAAACUACCAAAAAUGAGAAAGAAGAACAUAGUAGUUGAUACUGAUAUUUUGGGAAGCAGAUUCUGACCUUAUAAGGCAUCAUGAAAACAGGAAGGGCUCUUUAUUCAGGUGGAUUUAUGAGAGAGAGAGGUUCCUAAGUGACAGCUCUGACUGUGUUAAACAUUAAGUCUGGAAGGAGGUGGAGUCUCCCGGGGAGUAGGCAAGGUCCAAGGGGAGCAGGAACUGCCUGCAAAUAUCUGUUAUAACAAGCAUUUGCCUUGUCACUCACUGCUUUAUGUAACAGAACAGUAACUUGCCAUAUCACCUACCUCCCAUCACUGGCCGUUUCACUGCAACUCAUAGCUUCUCAACAUUUCAAGAAUUAAAGACAAGAAAGAAGAACCCCAACUUUUGGUAAGUCUGCAUUUUUCUACUUUUUUUCUGAGUUUUGAGCAGUUCUUUUUUUCUGGGUGGAUGCAGGGGUACGCAUACCCCUAAACAUUUUGUGAAUCUUUGUACUUUUGUCCAUUUACUGUAUUAAUUUUUCCCAAUUUGAACUAUAAAAUGGUUAUUUUCUUGAGUCAAAAUUAGAGUACUCCUAAAGAUUUUUUUAUUUUAAAAAAGCACUGGUUUUGUGUAUCAUGUAUACUUAAAUGCUGUGUUUUAAAAAAGCAGAGACUGAGUGUGUGAAAGUGAGAGUGAGAGUGCCAAACUAUUAAAUAGAAUACUGUACUUUGGUCCUUUUUUCACUCUGUAAUUAAUUCCACAAAACUAUUUCAAUCAAGGAUCCAAAAUCCAUAUUAAUGUAUGCCCAAAUUUAAAUGAAACAACACAACAGGUUUUUUUUAUAAAAAAAACUACUCUGGUGAAUUUCAUGUUACCCCACCUGAAGGUUCUCCAAUGUAGCAUUUUAUUUAAUACAAAAUAAUUACUGGCCGGUUGUUCUGAAUGCUAUUUUUGGAGAAGGCCAUUUGGUUUAAAAGCGGCAUUUGCUUGCGUGCAUUUUGUAGUUCCAUUAGCUGCAUGUUUCUUUAAGACCUAAAGUGGUUUGUUAUUUAAUUUCCUGAAAGAUUCCAUUUGCUCAUCAGGCAGAAAUGGCAUCAGAGAGCCAAGCAAAGGCAAACACGAACGGAAAGCUUGAAGAGAUGGCUGAAAGAAAUAAUGCUUCUCAAUAUGAAAGGAAAAGGUGGGUAUUUUCCUGCAUUUACAGUCCAUGAGUUUGUCUUACUUGCUUCAUAAUGCUUCCUGUUCAUGGAGGAAAACAGCACCUAGUUAUACACAGCCUUUCAAAUGCAACUAGUCUGUUCAAGUUAUUUGCCGGCUGACUCUUGGAUUUUAGGGAAACCAGCAACAUCUAAUACUGUAUCUCUUUUGGUGUAUCUCUACAUUAAUUUGUGAUCUGCAGACAUGGUAGAAAAAUAUAUUGUCAUCUUGGUAGUUUUACUCUCUGUCUGUUAUUACAUAGUUUGUUCGUCAAAAUUAAGGAUAGGGUAGAAAUUAAAUCCUGUUCAUAUUUAAAGGCAAACGUAACAAACUGCAUUUUCCAAAACAGUAUGUGAAGCAUCUUUUGAAAUUCACACUUCUCUGAAUUUCACAAUCUAAUUCUCCAUCCUUCUAAUCUAAUCCGUAGAAGAAUCUUUUAAAGGCAUAGAUAGGUGAAAAUAACAUACACUAAUGUAUUACAUUAGGAAAAACUUCCAACAAAAAAUGUGUGCAUUAGGGGAAAUACAUCCUAAGAUGCUGACAAAUUUUCAUUUUUUAAAAAAGGCAAAAAUCAUAAAUUGCUAUGGAAAUGUGGACAACUGAAUUUAAGAUUGGAUAAAUGAGAAACAGAGAACCAGAACUGACUAAUUUGUCCAUCCCAAGUAAAAAGUAUAAGGUUUUAUAUAUAUAUAUAAAAAUAAACAUUGUUCAAAAAUACAACAACCUAGAAACAGUUCUGACAUUAUAUAUUUAAUCAUUGGUAUGUUCUUUUUUGACUACUUUUUGACAAGGCCUUGGGGCCUUACAAAUAUAUUUACGAUUUUGGAUCUUGAUGAAUUCAGAAAGCUUGAAACCACAUUUGGCACUUUGCCAGCCAUGUAUGAAUUUGCUCAGAUUUUACUAAUCCCCCUUCCUUACAGAUAAUAAUCGAUGCUUAUAGGCAGAAGUUCGGCAGUUGUACCUUAUCCCAUCAUUGCCGCUAACUGCUAGGAGAAAGCUUCACCUGCUGCAUUACUGUCUAGUGAUACUGUCUAGCUCUUAGAAACACAAGCCUGCCGGGAGACAGGAUAUCACACAUCAAUUAUGUUGCUCUAUUGUGUUCUAACAGUAAAAAAAUAAUGUAGGUGUUUGUUGCAAUGCAAAGCGGCUCACGUUAACCUUUUAGGAAGCUUCAUGUAUGCCAAUGACACCCAACUCUAUCUGUUGAUGGAUGGCCAUCCUGACUCGGCCCCAGACACACUGACCAGAUGUUUGGAAGCUGUGGCUGGGUGGUUACGUGGGAGCCGGUUGAAGCUAAAUCCUUUGAAGACAGAGGUCCUGUGGCUGGGACGGGGCGAUAUGGGAUUGGGGGUGCAACUCCCAUCUCUUGCGGGGGCGCAAUUAGUGCCAGCACCGUCCGUUAAGAGUUUGGGUGUAAUCUUCGACACCUCCCUCUCCGUGGAGGCGCAGAUUGCAGCUACAACAAAGGCGGCAUUUUUCCAUCUCCGCCAAGCUAAGCAGUUGGCUCCUUACCUCUCUCGCCCUGACCUAGUCACUGUGAUCCACGCGACGGUCACCUCCAGACUGGAUUAUUGUAACUCGCUCUACGUGGGGCUGCCCUUGAGACUGACCCAGAAACUCCAGCGGGUGCAGAAUGCUGCAGCGAGACUCCUUACGAGGUCUUCGCUGCGAGAUCACAUUCACCCGGUGCUAUACCAGCUGCACUGGCUCCUGGUGGAGUACAGGAUCAGGUUUAAGGUGCUGGUUUUAACCUUUAAAGCCCUAUACGGCCUAGGACCCUCGUACCUACGGGACCGCCUCUCCUGGUAUGCCCCACAGAGAAAAUUACGGUCUUCAAAUAAAAACAUCUUGAAGGUCCCAGGCCACAGAGAAGUUAGGCUGGCCUCAACUAGAGCCAGGGCUUUUUCAGCUGUGGCUCCGAUCUGGUGGAACGUUCUGUCACAAGAGACUAGGGCCCUGCGGGACCUGACAUCUUUCUGCAGGGCCUGCAAGACAGAGCUGUUCCACCAGGCCUUUGGCCAGGGCACAGCCUGACUCCCUCCCUCGGCAAUCUUUGCGGAGCUCUGGCCCAAUGGUUGCCAGUGGCUUGAAUUAAUUAAUUUUAUAAUGAAUGAUUUUAGAGUGUUGUUUAUGCUGUACUUUUGUACUGUUUUAUUGUUGUUAGCCGCCCUGAGCCCGGGCUGGGGAGGGCGGGAUAUAAAUAAAAUUUAUUAUUAUUAUUAUUAUUAUUAUUAUUAUUAUUUCUAGUUUUGUGUGGGAGGUGAAAUCAAGGACAAAUUGCCAAGCCUGCAGGCGAGUAAGGAUUGUGCUGUGAAGAUUCCUAUCUCACUUUCUUGUGGGUCCCAAAUGCCUUAAGAGCCCCAGUGCCCUCUAAUGUUUAGGGCUCUUCUCAUUUCCAGACACCCUCUUAGGGUGGCUUCGUUAUGCUUUUGCUACUUAGCCCAUGGGUGAGGUAGGAUGCCCCAGACUUGGGGCCCCUCCUUCCUCUCUUCCCUGUUUCCUCUUUCUCUGGUGUUAUUUGCCAUUUCCUUUUUUUUCAGCUGUAACCUCUGAGUUUACCACAGGGGAUGCUGUUUCCCCUUAUUCCUAUCACAGCCAGCAUCUUGCUCUCAGCUGCUGUUAAUUUCCCUUGUUUCCCCACCCUGUUUACUUCCAGGGCCUCUGCUUAUUCCUCCUCAGUUCCACUCACUCACUCACUCACAUAUUCCCCUUCAUUUCCCUUUCUCCAUGGCUGGAAUCCACACCCAAAGCCCCUCGAGCCCCACCUUAUCCUCUGCAAGGCUGAGUGACCUGGCAUCCUCAGCAUGGUCUCCCUGCUUCAUUGAUUCCAGUAGGGCUGGACCAUCAACACCUCAGUAUGCUAGAAAGGAGGCCUCCCUGAUCCCUCCUCUCACACACAUUUUCUUUUCUAUCUCUAUAUAUCAAAUGGAGGGGAAACUGAUUAGAUGUGUUUGGAUCAGUUCAUAAAUAGUCACAUCCACACUAUACAUUUAUUGUUGUUCUUUAGUUGUUUAGUCGUGUCCGACUCUUCGUGACCCCAUGGACCAGAGCAUGCCAGGCACUCCUGUCUUCCACUGCCUCCCGCAGUUUGGUCAAACUCAUGCUGGUAGCUUCGAGAACACUAUCCAGCCAUCUUGUCCUCUGUCGUCCCCUUCUCCUUGUGCCCUCCAUCUUUCCCAACAUCAGGGUCUUUUCCAGGGAGUCUUCUCUUUUCAUGAGGUGGCCAAAGUAUUGGAGUCUCAGCUUCAGGAUCUGUCCUUCCAGUGAGCACUCAGGGCUGAUUUCCUUAAGAAUGGAUAGGUUUGAUCUUCACCUCUUUACCAGUCUUGGCAUCCCUCAAAGAGCCAUGGGAGCUGUAGCUCUUAAAGGGGUCUCUUAACAACUCUCAGUACCCUUAACAAAUUACUGGGUACUUUGGGUGAAGUCAUGCCUGCUAAAGCGGUAUAAGACUGCUUGAAGCAUAUGCCAUGGAUGUGCUCAUAAUUCUAAACAACUUUGGUUCAGAAUUAUGACAAGCAAGGGAGGCUCACAUGCUCUCCCUUCCCCUUUGUGCCCUAGGAGAAGAUGUUUAAAGCUUCCUUUUGCUCUUUGGAAUACAUUUCGGGGUCCUGUUAUGUCUGAAUAGGUUACAUCAGAAUAUAGCAAUCCAGAAUCAAAACUGUGGUUUCAAAUCCUGGUUUAAAUCAUUGUGGUUUGGACAAACCAUGCUGUCCUCUGCGUACAGCUGUAAUGGGAAACCGUGAUUUGUUUGAAAUAGCAAAACAGAUGCUGUAAACACAUACGAUAAUAUAAAUAUGUAAAGUUCAGCCUAAAAGAAAAAGACAGAUGAGAAGAGGAAAAAUGAGAGAUGAGAACUAAACUGAGAGAUGAGAUUGUUGGGGACGGGGUGUGUGUGCUAGUGAGAUAUAUGGCUGCUAUCUAAAAUUUAUAAACCAGGCUUCCUCAACCUCAGCCCUCCAGAUGUUUUCGGCCUACAACUCCUAUGAUCCCUAGCUAGCAGGACCAGUGGUCAGGGAAGAUGGGAAUUGUAGUCUCAAAACAUGUGAAGGGCCGAGGUUGAGGAAGCCUGGUAUAAACUAACUAGGGCGAAUAUUUGUUGAAUACCUUGUAGAAUGCUUGUAAUUAUGUGUAAUUUUUGACUUGCCACUGCUGUUCAUUUGAUAUGUUCUGAGCCAAUUUGGGGGGAAAUGUUGUACAGAAAUGACAUGCAAAUAAACCAACGACAUGGUCCUCUGAGCCCUCUGAAAUCUCAGAAGCUCUGAUGCAAUUCCAAGAGCAGCCCGAUUCAGUUCAGAUGCUUUGAUGGAUACCUGUUUCAAUUCGGAAAAGCCUUAAAUUCCUCUGAGAAUACACAACCCUAGUAUAAUGUUGCCGGUCCUGCUGUGCUAGUUUGAAAUCCUAUGUCAACCCAAAAUUACAGAGCUGCCAAUUCUGAGGAGCAGAAAGGGAUUUUAGAUUUUGUAUUUUAAUGCCUGCUCUUACUGGUGUCUGACCAUAAUUUGAUGGUGAUAUGAGACUGACUUAAGAGAUGUUACAUGCACACACAUUUUAAAAGGGGCUUUAGAAAUAGCUGCAAAAUGCAUCACACAAGAACAAAUGCAAUUUGCUUUUAUUUUAUGCCUUCAAGGGGAAAUUUUGUUUUUGUUUAUUGUUAACGGUUAAACUUGGUUCUUCUCUGAAAUCUCACAAAGCUAUUUAUUAUUUGUUCAGCAGUAAAGAAAAGCCAAGCAAAGAGAAGCCUAAGAAGGUCAGCCCAUUUACAAUGGUAAGCUCUGUUCCAUGUGUAUAUUGUACUGUACUUCAAUUGAUGUACACUUCUACAGGCCCAUUGCAGAUGUAGCACUGGUGAUCUUUUAAUAGAUAAGACAUCAACUGUAGACUCUCACCUCUUUCUCUUCACGUGCAAAUUUCACCCCUUAUUCUCUUAUCAGCAUUAAUUAUGUGGUGCAGUGUAACAUCUUGAUCAGUGUUAACUAUGGUUAGCUUUAACCAGGAUCUGCAGAGUCUGUUAAACACUAAUUAGGGUAAGCCUUCAUGGUUAAAUUAAGGCUGUGUGCACAUUGCAUGCUUAAAACACAGCAAGGCUGUUCUUUUUCUCAAUCAGGAUUGAAGCUCAUUUGGGGGGAAACACAUCAAAUCGCAGUAUUUCUAUUAGAAACAACAGGAGUGAUAUUGGUUGUGAAUAACCUUAUGUGUACACCGCUUCCGAAAGCGGCUGUGGGAGCACACUAUAUGCAGAGUAAACAAGAAUGUGUACACAGCAUAGUUAGUCUUGAUGAUGUAACACUCUUGGAAGAAAGAAAUAGUUUACAUGGAGAGGCAAGGAUAUGGUAGUGAAUGGCUGCAUAAUAUUUGCACUAGGCUAUUGUGUCAAAUAUUAAAUGUAUAUUAGGUGAGUAAGGACACAAGUAUGACUGAUUGCUAUCCAUAGGGUACUUAUGUUAGGAAAAUCAACCCUAAAGAACGACAUCUUCAUUUGCAUAGAAAUGUGCAUUUGUUUGACUCUCACUGGAAGCCUUCGUUUUUAUCCGAUCCCAUUUCCUGAUGCCAGAGCCUGAUUUCUUAAACUGGUGCAAAUCAACUGCUCAAGAUUUUGCAGCCUCCCAAAAUGACAUCCCACAACUAUGUUACGAGUAGAGUGCAGUUUGGCAAUUGCAGUUAUUAAAUUUAUGCGACGUUCGUUUGUCAGAUCAGGCAGCACAAAUACCAACAAACUAUUGAGUCAACUAUUUGCCAGACCUAUUUUGCAAGUACAGUGGUACCUUAGUUCUCAAACGCUUUGGUUCUCAAACGCCUUGGUUCCCAAACGCCGAAAACCCGAAGUGUUCCAGUUUCUGAACGUUUUUUGGAAGCCGAAUGUCUGGUGCAACUGUCGGCUAUUGUUUCCAGGGUGCCUGCACCAAUCAGAAGCUGGUUUUCGAACAUUUUGGAAGUCAAAUGGACUUCCAGAAUGGAUUAAGUUUGGCAUUUUUGCUGUUUAUUUUGCAUUUUUGUUUUUGAGGCUUUUUCGGUUAAUUUGUUUUUGUGACUAUGUGGGUGAUAAUUUUCAUCAUCUACAAUACUGUCUUAUUUAUUUUACAGUACAUUGAUUAUUGCUUUCAUUUUAUGGAUCAAUGGUCUCGUUAGAUAGUAAAAUUCAUGUUAAAUUGUUGUUUUAGGGGUUGUUUUUUAAAAGUCUGGAACGGAUUAAUCCGUUUUGCAUUACAGUACUUUCUCUGGGAAAGCACACCUUGGUUUUGGAAUGCUUUGGUUUUGGAACGGACUUCCAGAAUUGAUUAAGUUUGACAACCAAGGUACUACUGUAUUGCGUUCAGUUCUCCACCUUGAGAUCAGUGUGGAUGCAUUGGAAGGAGUUCUGAGGAGGACAUCAAAGAUGGUCACGGAGUUGAAAGCUAAUUCUAUAUAGAAGGUUUGACGAAACUGGGGAUUUAGCUUGGAGAACAGGAGACUGAGAAGGGAACCUGAAGAGCGGUCAUAUUCUUUUCUUUAAUAAUAAAAACACAAGAAAAGCAACAACAAUUAGCUCAUUAACAAUACAGUAAAGCAAUGCAUCCACAUUAAUUUAUGCAUACAGACUGAUGCAUGCCAUCUGAAUGUCUGAAUAGGGGAAGCUGAGGGGGUGCUGCUGACCACUGGAAUCCCCUGCUUUUAGACUCACAGAAUUAUAGAGUUGGAAAGGACCACGAGGAUCAUCUAGUCCAACCCUCUGCAAUGCAGGAACAUUUUGCCCAACAAAAUAUUGGGCUCGUUGGAUGGUUGCAAAGAGGAAGAGAGGAAUCCCAAUGCCUGAAGCUGCCCCUGUUUUAGCAAGCAGCCCAUCUCUCCUAUUUGUCGAAAGCAUAGAUGGGUUAGAUAUUUUCUGAUGUGAACAUAACCACCCCACCAGCAUCUUAACAGCACAUCUUCUGCACAAAGCAGAAUGCCAAAGCUCCCAUACUACAUCGGGCCAUUUUUAGUUGUGUUCAUCCUCUUGCCAAAGUACUUGUUCAGAACCAAUAGGAAAACUCGUAUUUGAGCUACCUCAGGAGCAUAGGGAAUUACUAGGAGUGCCCCAUCAGAGGAUCUCAGGUGAUCAAGGUAGAACAGUGCCACAGUUCUGUACUUGAUUUAAUGCCAGUGAGAAGGAAUGGGGGGGGGGGGGAAUCAGUAGAUUUCUCUUGUGAUUUUGUGUUAUCUGUGAAAUACUGACACAAUCAAAUGUUUGUUUUAUGUGCUUUGUAAAUGCACUUUACUUAAAACACUGCAUGUGGAUUUUUUUUUGUUUUCAGUUUCGUUACGCUGACUGUUUGGAUAAGUUGCUGAUGAUAUUAGGCACCGUCAUGUCAGCCCUUCAUGGAGCCUCCCUUCCUCUCAUGAUGAUUGUUUUCGGAGACAUGACAGACAGCUUUGUUAAUGCAGCAAAAUAUUUCCCUAUAAGUAAGUGCUAUCUUAGGGAGCAAUCAUUUUUGAAGUUUUCAUAUAGUAAAUGUGUGCUUCUGUUUUUUCUAUUAAAAACAUUUUUAACGUGGCAACUUUGGAUAUAAAACUGGGAGAAAAUAAAUAAUUUGCUAAGAAACAGAAGCCAGAACAGCUUCCUCAGGUCUCUGACUUCCCAGCUGCAUCCGAGAAAAAGAAACAGAAAAUUCUUGCUUCAGCUCGUUCUUUGGUCCUGUCUAGGUCAGCCUUCGAGGACUUUGUCCCCUCUCUGUCUUUUGCACUGAAAUUUCCAUCAGUCCCAUCUAGCACCAUCAGGCUGGCCUAGGUCUAACCUUGCCACCUGUUACUGCUGACUAGGCAAACUCCCUGACCUGCUUUCUUCCCUUCAAGAGUGGCUUGACAUAUUGAAAGGGGAAAUGGCCUAUGGCCUAUGGGCUACUUUACAAAAUAAAAAACAGUAUCACCCUUAUAGUUAAGAGCACGUAGUUAAGCUCUUAAGGCAGGUGCUCAUCAAUUGCCCUGAACAACUACACUUCAUUAGGUACAUUUUUAGGUCAUGUCUAAGGAUGCACAUUUGCUUAGAAGUCUAAUUGAACUUGAUUAAACAAAUGUCUGAUUAAAAUGGAAGACUGGACUGCAUGCUCCAUUUAUUUCGUGGGAAUGACAUAUCUAACACCUUCAAAACUAAGCUCAUGUUCAUUGCAAUAGUCAAUAAAACCUGUUAUUUGGUUGUAUAUAAGUAUUUAAUCAACUUACAGUAUCUUGAAAUAAAAGAGAAGUGCCCCUGUUCCAAAGUUCUGCAAUCUACAGUCUGAAAGUGUGCACAAACUGUUCUCUUUUAUACCAUACUGGGGUGUGAAAAGCUGUUUCUUAAUAUAGCUAACUGCUUAUUUUGUUAGGACAGUGAGUCUUUUGAAUUAUAUUGGUUUUCCUGGAAGCUUCUCUCCAAGGAGAAUAUCUAGUCAAAAUGCUAAUAGCUUGCAAUUGAAGUCUAUUCAUAUCAAACUCAUAAGAGAGUUUAUUGGGAGAUGGAACAGUCAUUCCCUUAAUUAAGCUCUUAAGGAAGAAACAGCAUCUUUAGUAUUGAUUUAAUGAAAAGAUGGAACUAGUGUGCAUUCUGUUAAUAAAGCCCUUGAAGAAAACAAGAAGUAUAAUUUGCACUGAUUUAAUGAAAAGGUGGCAUCUAGGGGCGUAUUUAGUAUUCUUUUCUCAUAUUUUGGUCUUUGUUACUUACCCUAAUUUCUCUUUCUCAUCUGUAGUCCUUUAGAAAAUGUAACUUUUUUUAAAAAAAUGAUCUAACUCUGUUAAUUACAUUGAAAAAUGACUUGUCCAAGGUUCUUGCUUUGCAAUCUUGAAUACAGUGUCUUAAAAAUUUAUUUUAGUUAUUUAAAUGCAAAGACUGAAUUAGAGGGCCCUAAUAACUCAAGUAAAUGAUGCAGAACAACACAGAGGCUCAAAGUGUUUUUUAAAGAAGGCAUUUAACCCAACUUACUUUAUUUUAUUUUAUUUUUAAAAACAGCAUUACUUAGUUACACACACACCACUGCUUAUUUAGUACCUACUUGUUUAUGAAUCAGUUCCUGUAAUGAUAAGUGUAUACAUAUUAUAUAUAUCCUUUAUAUCCACAUGCAACUUGUGGUGGCUUAUAUAGAGUUCCUAGAUGCCUCCCCAUCCAGGCAUUGACCAGACCCAGGCUUGCUUUGCUUCAGCAAGGUGUUUGUUUCGUGUACCUUUGCACCAUGUCCUGAAACCACUUAUCUUUAUAGCUGAUCAAUUGUCUAGCUGAUCUUAUAGUUUGUUGACUCAACUGGCCUCUUCCUUUGGAAACCAUGCUGUCUUGGUUUCAAGGAAAAGCACUGCAGAAUAGGAACCAUGGGAUUUCACUAUGUUUGGGGUCUCUAACGUGGUGACGAUGGGCACCAUGCUGGUUUGAGGAACCCCUCCCCAUUAAUGCCAAGGUUUCCAGCCACUUCCAAUUAGGGUGGGUUGUUUGGUUGAGGGGUGUUGCUUACUUUUUUCUCUCUGUUUGAUUUGUUUUGGGGUGCCUGUUUGUGGUGGUUUUUUGGGGGUGUGGAAAGUUUUGAGUGCCACCUGUUUCUCUAUGGUGAAAUGGCUGUUUUGUGGUGCCCACAACAGUUUUCUGGGGGGAAUUCCCAAUGUGCCCAGGUGUCCAAGUAGGCUAGGAGCCCCUUCACUAUGGGAUUAGAAAAUACAGUAGCUGAAGUUGUGCAGUGUUUGAAAUAAUGCUCCUGAUAAAUUAACCGUAGAAGCUUCUAAGGUGAUAAUGGUGACUGAGAGGAUAUAUCAAAUUCAACUUUUUUUUUUCUCUCAAAAGGACCUUACAUUCACGUUCAGCUAGAAAAAGUAAAUCAGUUUCCAGGAGGAGAAGAGGGAAGAGCCAGAAAGGAGGGCAGCCUGAGACAGUCACCCAGAUAUGAGCAAAGGACAUCAGUGGGGCUUUGCAACUGUUCUGAGGUCCUAACAGUAAAGUGACUGAGAAGUGUCGCUCUGAUCAUGGUCUGUCAUGGAUGGGAAAUAGGCUGAGCUUUACCAAACAACAAGCAAAAAUGAGUUGGUAGUGUGAUAGUGCUAUCUUUAAUAAUAAUCACUUAACCUUUCCCCCCAUUUCCUUUCAUUUAGGUAACGGAUCUUUAGUUAAUGCAUCUCUCCUUAAUAUUUCUGAAACCCUGCAAGAGCAAAUGACAAGGUACCUUUUUAUUUUAUUUUUUAAGGCAUUUUGAUCAUUACAUAUACCGGUAUUUUGUUCCGUAUCUCAGAUGUCCCUUAAUAUAACAAGGCAGGUGGUGUGAGCCUGGAUACAGUAUGGCAGUAGUUUGAAAGUCAGCUUGUGGUCUGAAUAUGUUUAACAGGUAUCAAAAAUCUUAACAGUUGCUUGAAGGAAUCCGGCUGACCCUCAGAUAUUUUGCUGUCUGUGGCAGCAGUGCCCUUCAUCCCCUUUCUAUGAAUAGAAGUUAGCUAGAUCCAUGAGUACAAGUUGGCUAGAUUGAUGGUGGCAACAAGAAAGCACCUUCUACCACACCUGUGGACAACAGGCUAGCAUAAGGAGUAUUGAGCAGGCCAGAUGGUACUUACAACUCUGCCCCCUUUCAGUACCUCACUGCCAUUGGCUCCCAUUCCUUGCAUUUGUUGCUUGAGGCAACAGCCUCACUCUACCUAAUGGUAGGGCCAUCCCUGGUAGACCUUUAUGACUGUACUGCAGUCUUGAGAGCCAUGCCUGCGUAGGUGUGGUUCAGUCACCCAGAAUGGUGGGAGGAAAGCAUUCCUGUGCAGAAAAAUGCCGCUACCAGUCAGGAGAACUCCAGCAUAGUCUCAGAACAUAGUUUGGUAAUCAUAUUUAUUUAUAUAUAUAUAUUACGACUCCCAUGUUGAGCACUGUCUCAGGGAUGUUUUCCACAUGGCUGGAGUAACAUUUAAAACAGUUAAAGCCUAUUAAGCUCUCCUUUCCCAUUUCUUCUCCCUUUUUGCCUUUCACCCUCUCCCUUCCAGUUACCUUGUGAGCUUCAUUAUGAAUGUGAAUACAAGCCUUAAUGCUAAUGUGGCAUAACUCAUUUCGUAUACAUAGUUGAAACUUUGGCCUCUUGAAGGCCCAGCCUGUAUGUACAAAGGGCAGAAUGCAUCCUGGAUGAAAGCCUGAACUUGUUUGCUUCUGAAAUCAAUCUAUCAUUGCAAGCGCAAUAAACUAUGUCUCCUAUGAUAGGAGAAAAAAAAGAAAAGCCCAAGUGAUUUCACAAGCACAAAAGACUAGAGUUGAAAAAUGUGUAGGGUUGUCACUGUACGUGUUAAGUAGGCAUGCCAUUUCCUUCACAUGCUCUGUCAAAACCUCACCUUUCAAUGAGGACAUCUCACUACAAUGAACUCUUGCUGUCUUGCACCUCAGCUGCUUCAGGAUUUAUACCCUGUUAUUUAUGUAUUCCUAAACAGGGGUGCCAUGGCCCCAGGAGCAAAGUUCUUGAGGCAAUGCAAACCAGGCAACCCCCCCCCCGAUGACCCCACUGCUUCUCUCUGCCCACCAAGGGCCACGUCAGCCUCUUGUGCAGGUGGGCAAGUCGGUCAGCAUAGCUCUGCUUUGCUGCUUUGGGGGUGGGAUUGCCCUGGUGGCGUUGACAGUGAGGGCUGGGCUGGUGCCUCCUGCCCGCCCCAUGAGCCCGCAAACUAUGCUAUGCCACUGCAACAAAGGUACAGUGGUACCUCGGGUUACAUACGCUUCAGAUUACAUACACUUCAGGUUACAGACUCCACUAACCCAGAAAUAGUACCUCGGGUUAAGAACUUUGCUUCAGGAUGAGAACAGAAAUUGUGCUCUGGUGGCGUGGCAGCAGCAGGAGGCCCCAUUAGCUAAAGUGGUGCUUCAGGUUAAGAACAGUUUCAGGUUAAGAACGGACCUCCGGAACGAAUUAAGUACUUAACCCGAGGUACCACUGUAUUGUUUUAAAGGGCGCCCCCCCAACUUGGUUCCAUAAACUCAACUCUAGUGCCCCCCUACUCUACCCUAUAAAAAAGCAUUAUUCAAAAUAUAAUGACCCACUAGCACAAUAAAGAGUACAAUAAAAUUUGGAAUAAUAACAAUUAAUUGUACAUUUAUUCAAAAUCCAAUUAAAGCUAUUUAGCUUAAUUAACAAUGUUGAUAAUUAAUUCAGCAACAAUGGUAUCGCUGGUAGUCAGUGAUUAUGAGACUUUUCAAAGUCUCAUAAUCAUUUACACCUCCAACUCCCCACCCUUCUCCUUUGCCUCUUAGUGCAACAAGCUAAGAUCACUGAAAGGAAAGUAACAGUUAAUGACAUGAGGGCGGAGGGGAGAGGGGGCAAGCUUCUUGUCUGGAGGGGGUUUACUCCCUUUCGCCCCCUUCUGGAGCCACCCUUGGAAGUACAUCUUCAAUUAACACACGUUUAAACUAUGGAAACUGCUACCAUAAAAUGUCGUGAUUAAAACUGCAAUCCUAACUCUAUUUACCUGAACCCCACUGAAUUCAAUAGGACUUAAUUCUGAGUAGGCAUGAUUAGGGUCGCACUGAUAGUUGGCAAACUCAACCUCAAAUGGCACGGAAAGGGAAUUGGAGAAAUUCAUGGGGGAUCACGUUAGCAAUCGCUCUAGUCGUGAGUGAAUGACAGUGCUAUCUCCAAUAUCAGAAUACCAGGUGGUGAGUCCCAGCUUCAGAGUGCCAGAAUGGUGUGAUGGUUAAGAGUGCUGGAGACAAGGAUUCAAAUUCCCACUCAGCUGCAAAGCUUACUGGGUGACCUUGGGCCGGCCACCAUCUCUUAGCCUAACCUACCUCACAGGGAUGAAAUGGGGGGAGAAGGAGAACCUUGGAGGAAAAAGUGGUAUAUACAGUAAAUGUAAAAAAUAAACUAAUAAUAAAUAAUAAUUAAUAAUUAAAUAAUAAAACUAUCACUUCCCUGUCCUGCUUGUGGAAUUCCCAUAGGCACUUUAGUUAGCCGCAGGGGGCUGGAGGAAAUGCUGGACUAGAUCACGGUGGGCUCCAGCAUUGAGACAAUCAUUUUAGCUGCGCAUAUUGAAUGUAUUUUAUACUCGCAAAUGAAAAAUAUUCUUCCCAAAGACCAUUUUGUGAUGCUAAAGACUUGCAUGGCUGCCCUUCUUGAACUUGCCUCUGCAACAUUGUGCUUUCAGAUAUUCAUACUAUUACUCAGGAAUAGGAGCUGGUGUCCUUAUUGCUGCCUAUGCUCACAUUGCAUGCUGGACACUGGCAGCCGGCCGCCAGAUCAAGAGAAUUAGGCAACACUUUUUCCAUGCUGUCAUGCGGCAAGAAAUUGGAUGGUUCGAUGUAAACGAUGUUGGGGAAUUGAAUACUCGUCUUAUAGAGUGAGUAUAUCUAUUUAAUACGUGGCUGGUGUAUUUUCUUCAAUAGAAAACCAAAUUUUAAUUCUGUUACUGGCUUGAUUAAUCCGCGUAAAAAAAUUGUGCUCGUUCCAGAAGCUGCAGUUAGUGCAGAAUGCUGUGGCACAAUUGCUGACUGGAGUGAGACUUUGCUAGCAUAUAGCACCUGUGCUCAACUGGUUUCUAAUCUGCUGCCAGGUGAAGUCCACAUAUAUAAAUUAGCCCAUAACCACUUUGACCAGUUUAUCUGUGAGAUCACCUUACCCUAUAAAUGCCGUUGUGACCAACUCAAUCUGCGGAACUGGCACUGUACCAUGUGUUACAUAAUACCAAUCACGCAUCUGGACGACCUAUACUUUGGAAGCCCCUGUCUAUUGAAAUCAGGAAGUCAUCUACACCGUACUCUUUUUGAUGCCUACUAAAAGCAUUUUUUUUAGACCCAGAUUUACAGAAUGCUGAUGUGUUUUUAGUUUACUGCAGGUUUUGAUUUUCUGAAUGUUUAAUUGGUGUUUUUUUUAACUGUUACCUUGUUUUCUUCUUUUUGCAAAGCACUUCAAGGUUUUCUACAUACAAGCAAAAUAUAAAUUUUAUGAAAUAAAUAAAAGCAAGAAAGCAAGCAGAGGUUCCUGUAUAUUGGUAGGGUUUUAGGUUUUCAGUUUUUAAAGUAGAAUUGCCCAGCUUAAAGUAGUAUUAAAGCAGAGAGGAAUAUUAAAAUUGAGAAAGAGAGAAAAAAUUUGAAUAAGGGAAAAAGGGCAAGAGGUUUAGGGUCCAGUGCAAAAGACCUAAUGGGUUGUAUCCAAUGUAGCACUAAAUUAAAGUCACUUAAUGGUGUAUUUGUUUCUCGGGUGAAAUGUUUUGCGGCAGUGGGAUUCUGUUGCACAAGAGAGUGCAUAAGCUGGUUGCUGGUAACUUUGUUGGCAAUGACUGCUCACCAUUCCUGACGUCGGCGGCUUUUGUGACCCACGGGGUCACGCCUACCUUGGCUGCCCGUUGCUCCUCCCCCUGGGCCGUCCCCAUAGGCUGCAGGGCUUCCACCUGACCUGCACCAUCAGCCAAUCCGGGGGCGGAGCUGGGAGCCAGAAAAGGAGACUGCUGGCAGCGCAGGUCAGCCAUUUCGGUGCAAUCUAUUGCACAAAGAGUUUCUCCUAGUGCAACUGCUGCAUUGGAUUCCUCUGUUGCGCAGCAUUAAAAUGCAUCUGCCCACUAGCACAAGGGCCUUUGCACUAGGAAGGUAGGGAGCUGCUUUAUACUGAGUCCAUGUAGCUCAAUCUUGACCACACUGACAGGCAGCAUCUCUCCAGGGUCUCCCAGUCCUACCUGGAGAUGCCAGGGAUUACACCUGGGACCUCCUGCAUGAAAAGCCGACAUUCUACCACUGAGUUAUGGCCCUUCCCUUCUAGCAGAUACAGAAUGCUGGAUACAACCCCAUGUCCCGAAGGCCAGUCCCUAAUAAUGCUACUGCUGUCAACUGUGGAAGAAUAUUGUUAGUUCAUUGAAGAUUAUGCUGCGAUAAACCUGCCCUUAAAGUGUCCCAUGACUCUUGUAAAAUAUCCACGUAGAUCUGAAAGGCUUUGCAGGAAGGGGAUGGGGAUCAGAACAGAAGUAAUUACUUUUUUUACUUUCAAUGAAAACCUGUAGCAUUGGCAUUCGUAUCUCUGGGGCUAAAUGAAUAUUUUGUAGCAUUUGAGUUGUGAAUUCAGUAGCAGCGUUAACAGGAAUACCUUGUAGAAAUGCAUCUUGUUGGUUUUCCUGACCUAAAGUUUGCCCUAAUCGAUUUACCUUGAUUUGUUUUUAGUGAUGUCUCCAAGAUCAACGAAGGAAUUGGUGACAAAAUGUCAAUGCUCAUUCAGGGAGUAGCUACAUUUCUAACAGGAUUUAUAGUCGGGUUUGCUAAAGGAUGGAAAUUGACUCUUGUAAUACUUGCGGUCAGUCCUGUUCUGGGGCUCUCAGCUGCAAUCUGGGCAAAGGUGGGUAUAAUUUUGCUGAAAUGCUAGGGUACCAUGCACAUUAAGUAUUGUUCGGUUAUGACAACACCACUCUGGCUGCCUCUAAAACUUUGCUUCCGAUGGCUUUUGUGUUGAGCAGAGAUAACUAAGGUCAGCGAGGGCUUUUAACUUUCUGGCAAGCUUCUUUGCUUCCUCAUAGCAUCAGGUUAGCCCAGAAGCCAUGUUCCCUUCUGGGCAACAUUCAGAGGGAUGCCAGUGGGGGUGAGGCCAGAGGCAAACAUGGAUGGAGCAAUGAAUGUGAAUGUUGACCUUAGUUUCUGCUCACGCACCACACUAUCCUUUGUCCAGACAAGCAAGAGGCGAUGUCAAAGUUCAAGGCCACAUUUCAACUAGUCAAAAGCAUUUGGGAUGCAAAGCAAGACCAGUGAUGGGGGUGGCCUGGAGAGAGGUGGGACACUGUGGGGACGGUUCUGAGGGCCAGAUAGGGAGGCUUGGAAGGGCCUCAUUUGGCCCCUAGGCCUGAGUUUCUCUACCCAUGACGUAGAUCAGGGUUACCCAAACUUGAGUCUCUCCAGCUGCAUCCCUGACCACUGGUCCUGCUAGCUAGGGGUGAUGGGAGUUGUAGUCAAAAAACAGUUGGAGACCCCAAGUUUUGGAAAGCCUGACCUAGAUAAUUUCCACAAUAUGUACAUGUCUACAACAUCACUAUCACAUGAACAGCAUGUGAAGCUUUUCUGGGGGAGGGGAGUGUUGAGUGAUUGGGUAUUGCCUGUGUGGUCUCUCCAUUGUUGGCCCAUGCUUUGUGAAUAUUGAUUAGAAUAUGCAGGGACACAGAUUCUCGACCACUAUUAUACCACAAUUGUUUUGGAGCAUUGUUUUAUUUAAUAGGGAAGUAUAGGGGAAGGAAAAGAAGCGUCUCACACACAAUUGUAUUGGAUCAUAGCAUUGAAAUUGGCAAUGUCUUUAUCUCACAGGUCCUUACUGCAUUCACCAACAAGGAGCUUGCUGCAUAUGCAAAAGCUGGAUCUGUUGCUGAGGAGGUUCUCUCAUCAAUUAAGACGGUGAUGGCUUUUGGAGGACAGAAGAAAGAAAUUGAGAGGUCAGGUUAUGUUUUGUGGCCACUGGCUAUAGAUAUACACCUGGAUUAUUCUGUAUUUGACCUUUUCCAAACCUAGGGUUGCCAUACGUCCAGAAUUUCUCAGACAUUGGGAAGCAGUGACUGGAUGGAAAUUGCUAAAAAAUUCUGGGAAAAUCCAGACAUAUGGCAACCCAUGUGGGCAGUGUCAUUUUUUGUGAUUUUGCUUAAAAAUAGCUCAAAAGCUUCUUCUUUCUUUUCUGCAAAUUUGCCCAAAAGGGUCAACAACUUUGGCAAGAAAAAAACCCCAACAACAACUUUUCUGUCUGGAUUUUCACUGUUUGAAAUAUGGCAACCCUACCAAACUCUAAAUGAUACAAUCUGAACUCUGGCUAAAUGCCACCAAAAGUUAGUGAGCAGUAGGCCAGUAAUGCCCCCCCCCCCCCCGCUUGUUGAUGAUUUAAAAUGAGAAGGGCUAUAACUCAGUGGCCUGGAAAGUUGAGAUGCCUAUGGAGCUGCGACCCCUGGGCUUGCGGCUCCUGAUCCCUAAUUUAAACAUUCCCUAUGUAGCUACUCCUGCCUACAGGUAAUUGGCAGACAAGAGAUACCAUAUUUUUCAUUCUAUAAGACGCAUCAGACCAAAAGACGCACCUAGUUUUUGGAGGAGGAAAACAAGAAAAAAAAUACUCUGAAUCUCAGAAGCCAGAACAGCAAGAGGGAUCGCUGUGCAGUGAAAGCAACAAUCCCUCUUGCUGUUCUGGCUUCUGGGAUAGCCGCGCAGCCUGCAUUCACUCCAUAAGAUGCACACACAUUUCCCCUUACUUUUUAGAAGGGAAAAAGUGAGUCUUAUAGAGCAAAAAGUACGGUAGGUGGCAAACUGAAUUUGAAGUGAAGCCAUACAGUGAUCCUUCCACUGUUUCUGGCUUCUAGAAUGUCAUGUCUUGACCACAUCAUAUAGCACAGAACUUUCCAAACUUUUCCUGUUACUGACACUUUUUAGACAUGCAUCACUUCGCGACACAGUCAUUCAGUUUUACUUGCAAACUGGAGGUUAAACUAACCCCUUUCCAAUUCUGGAGCACGAGGAAAGUUUGCACGACACACCUACACACUGCAGCUGACACACGCGCAGCUGACACACGCGCCACACAGUUUGGAAAGCUGUGAUAUAGCAGAGGCAAUUGUGUUGACCAUUCAAAAUACUGUAGGGGCAAUUAUUGAACUAGGGGGUGUGAGAGAAUAUUUUAAAAGUUGGAAUGAUUGUGUUAACAGACAACUAUCUUGGCAUUUGUUUAGGACCUAACUGGCUAGUUGUUGUUUUUUGUUUUAGCAAAUUACAUAAAUUUCUGCAGAAGGAGUGCUCUUUUGGAACCACUAAACAUACAUUUUUAUCACUUCUGUGUAGGACUUUAAAAUAUAUGUACUGUACAUAGAUAUGUUGACUACAAAAAAUAUUUUGUGUGUGAAUGGACUGGGUAUUUUCAAAGAAAUUCCAGCAAAAAUAAUUAAUAAAAAUGGGAGAGAAAAUGCAUUUUCCUAUCAAUUGGAGAUCAUAUAAUUCAAUCAGGCUGCUAUUUUUCUUUCAGAUAUCAUAAAAAUUUAGAAGAUGCUAAAAAACUUGGAAUUAAAAAGGCUGUGACUGCCAAUAUGUCCAUGGGGAUUGCUUUCUUAUUAAUAUAUGCUGCAUAUGCAUUGGCUUUCUGGUAUGGAACUACCUUGAUACUGGAUGAAGGUUACAGCAUUGGGAAAGUCCUGACAGUAAGUGUUGGUGAACAGCUGUUCAGUCUUCUCUCCAUAAAGGUAAAGGUAAAGGGACCCCUGACCAUUAGGUCCAGUCGUGACUGACUCUGGGGUUGCAGCUCUCAUCUCACUUUAUUGGCCAAGGGAGCCGGCGUACAGCUUCCGGGUCAUGUGGCCAGCAUGACUAAGCUGCUUCUGGCGAACCAGAGCAGCGCACAGAAACACCGUUUACCAUCUCGCCAGAUGCUUGACAUGCUUUUGAACUGCUAGGUUGGCAGGAGCAGGGACUGAGCAAUGGGAGCUCACCCCGUCGGGGAUUCAAACCGCCAACCUUCUGAUCGGCAAGUCGUAGGCUCUGUGGUUUAACCCACAGCGCCACCCGCGUCCCCCCCACCAAAAAAGGGACAUAUUCUGCACUAAAAUUCAGGAUUGCUCAGAGGCUAAGUGGGUCUUUGUGAUGAAUGAUGAGGCUCUGUACAUUUCACUACCUAUGAACUGUCAUGUUGGUAGAUGCAUAAAAGCACCCACAAAAUAAAUAAAGUAUUGUAUUUUUUUAUGCUGCUCCUCCUCCCAAAAGAGCUAAGGCUGCCAGACAGCAAAACUAUGCCAUUUUGGAAAAAACAUUGGCCCUGUUUGCUGGGGCUGAUGGGAAUUGUAGUGCAGAAGCAUCUUGAGGGCCAAAGGUUCCCCACACCUGGUCUAGACCAUACUGAGCUAAAUAGACCAAUGGUCUCAGUAUAAGGCAGCUUCCUAUUUUCCUCCAGGCUCUGGGGAGUCCUUGAGCAAGAUACCCUCCAUGUGCCAAAUUCAGCAGGUCUACCACCUAACUGCAGUAGAUUCCAGGAUGUUUUUGUCAGUGUGAACCCAUGCUGGGAUUGUGGGCUGUCUGCAAAUGUCCAACCUUGCCAACGCUUGACACUGUCCCUGUCUGCCACUUUGAGAGUGUACCUUUGGACCAGUCUGUUGGUUCAUAGCUUUGCUUUGCUUUCCCCCUUAUCCAAGUCUGUGAUGACUUGGUCUGCUUGCUCCAUCGCUGCCUCAUUUUCUUCUGUGUCCCUGACCUUGCCUGAACUUUCUACUUCAAGUUCCCAGGCCAGUGACGCCAAGUGCAUCCUGGUUUAUCCCCUGACACAUGCGCUAGCUUCCUUCCAUUGUGCAGCUGAGCAUUGUGGUGCUAUGCUCCCCCUGCCAAUUUAAGCAAGGAGGAGGAAAGGGGCUGUAUAUUAUGAUUUGGGGAGGCUCCGCAUAUCUCUCAUUCACUUGCUGGCACAGCAUGAAAAGGCAUAAUUUUGGGGGCAGGUGGGGGAGGUACACAGUGUUUUUCAUCCCCUCCCCUGUUCUGCCGUCCAAAAUGUGGAACCAGGCAUUAGGAAAAAAUUAAUGCAUACGGAGCUGCUCUAGGCCUCAUAAAUAAUGCUUUUAGGCACAGAAGGAUUUUCCAUAGAUUUAGCAGAAUAGUUGGUUUGUGGCUUGAUAACUUGAGUGGAUCCAGAAGCAUCAUCUCAAGAUAAUUUUCAUUGGUUCAUUGGGCACAAGCCUAUCGGGUGAAGGCCCUGGGCCUGGUGGCUGUGAGGUUGACUUUAGCGCCUGAGCACUGGUGCAGGUUUCCACUGUGGGUUUUCUAGAAUAGGGUGAUCUUUCAUGAAGCAAGUGACACAGAGUUGCCUGGUGAUACUCCACUAUUGACAAGGUUAGCAUGGCAUUUUAUGCAGAGAGAAUCUAAAAACACUAUUUUGCAGUGGAACUUUUUCCUUGUACUUAAACCUUUCCCUGUGCUUAUACCUGCUUGAUCUCAUUAAAAUUGGAUAUAAUAUUCUCUGGACCGCAUUAUUUUUAAGGGGACAGCAAAUCAGGUUGCCACUGGAUUAUGUUUUGUGUUGUUGUUGUUUAUUUGGAAGUGUAACAUGCUUUCUAGAAACAGUAAUUACCAAGGGCCUGCCGGGAGCCUGAAGGGCUCUCUCCAUUUGGCUUGGGGUGGGGCCUGACAGGCUCCAUAGAGGACUGCUGCUGCUGCUGCUUCUCGACAGAGAGGGCUUCUUUUUUAAUAUUGUUUUUCUUUUUUAUCUAUGUCAUUUUAAAUUGUUAUUGAUAUUAAUGUUUUAGUUUUAGAUUUUAUGAUUUAUGUGGAAAUGGUUUUCCUUUUGGUUGUGCACCUUUUGAUGUGUUUUAUUUAUUGUUUAUGACUUUUGUUAUGUUGGUAAUUAUGUAAAUCUUGUCAUGUUGUAAGCUGCCUUGAGCCUUGUUUUAACUAUGGAAAGGCGGCAUACAAAUAAAAUGAUGGUGGUGAUGAUGAUUUACUUUUCAGUAAAUAUGCUUAGAACUGGGCUUUUAGAAGUUCCUUGGGAUUUCUCUGGAUUGCACUCAAUCAGGGAUCUUAUCAGAUAUUUAAUCCUCAGUACUUUUUACUGAGCUUUCAUCCUGAUUUGCACAAAGUUUGUGGGGAGGGUGUUUAAUGCUAGCUACUUAUUGAGAUUUCAUUACAGUAUUUCUAUGUGGGAAGAUUAUGCGAUUGUUAUCCCAUUAUUUUUUUUUUUUAAGUGUAUUUCCUCAUUACUUUCUAAUCUUUUUAGUGGGUGGAGUGACCAACAUGUCAAAUCCGCUUUAAUUAUGCAACCUGUGUUUGCUGGUAUGCGAUCCCAUCUGCAAAAACGAUAAUCUGGAAGCACCAGUCAGCCUUUGUUAUCUGCUAGAUACAUGUCUGUUUGCUGGAGAUCAGCCACAUCCCAGUUAAGGAAUGUGGAUCCUAUCUGGCAAAAAGGAUUCAUAAACAUAUUUUCUUUCUGUUUCGAAAAAUAUUCCUGUUUAGGUCUUCUUUGCUGUUCUGAUUGGCGCCUUUUCCAUCGGUCAGGUGACUCCAAACCUAGAAGCGUUUGCUAUUGCAAGGGGAGCAGCUUAUGCAAUAUUCAACAUCAUAGACAAUGUAAGCCUCUUUUUUAGAGCUUGAAAUGAUAGUGAGCCAAAACGUCUGAAAUCUGUUGUAAGUUUGUAGUCACCGCUGGCAGAGAUCUGCUUACCUCACAGGGUUGUUGUGAGGAUCUAUGGUUGCAAGGGAAAUCCUUCCUCUGAUGUUGGUGUUGGGAAGAAAUCCUCUCAGUGGAAGAUUUUCUUCCUGGCUAACAAUGGCCUUAGAUGAGGUAGAUGAGAAAGAGUUAAACCUCUCUUUCCCACGACUGUGUUCCUGAUUAAAAGGGGGAACUGUUUGUUGUAAAAGGGAAAAACUUGACAAGUUUGCUAAAGACAGUAGCAUCUAGUCUAGAUGGGUCUCCACUGGUGAUGAAGUGAACAGAAUCUUUACAUGCUAGCUUGGUAUCCAAAAUUUCACUUUGCUUCCAAGUUUCAGAAGAAUGAAACUGACCUGAAUUUGAUUUUUUUUAUCUUCUUUUCUUUUCUACAGGAACCUAAAAUUGACAGUUAUUCACCAGCUGGCUACAAACCCGACCAAAUUAAAGGAAAUCUGGCUUUCCAAAAUGUGCAUUUCAAGUAUCCUUCAAGGCCAGAUGUUCAGGUACUCUAGGAGUUAAAAUCCAUACGAGUUCCCACUUACCGCCAUUGAAAAUUUAACAUGUUUGCAAGUGUUAAGGGGAAAAUCAAUACACAGUCCGAAUGGUGUUUAAAAUGCAUAAUUAAGCACAGCUGUUCUAAGUGCUUUUGUAGACAUAGACUCAUAGAAUUGUAGAGUUGGAAGGGACCCAAGGGUCCUCUAGUCCAACCCCCUGCAAUGCAAGAACCUUUUGCCUAAAGCAGGGCUCAAAACCCUAUUGGAGCUGAACAAUAACUGAGUCCCACUGACCCCCGUACUGAAAGUAGAUUCUUCACACCAAUACAAAUGUUGCACGUCUUGGGUACAAUCUGCAUGAAAAUCCUUUUUGUUUGUGAGGCAUCCUCUUAUCAGUAUUUUUGCAAAUGUAUUUGCUGUUCAUUUUCGUUAUUAUUUCUUACCUGCCCUUCCCCAGAUUCUCCCAGGGCCAGUUACAGCAUAUAGAAACACAGUAGAAUUAAAACGACAAUAAACACCAACAACCCCCACCCAUAAAGACAUAAUGGUAUAAACACUGGGUUCUUUUGUGCUGUAAACUGUUAUCUAAUUUUUUUGAGCUGUAAUCUAAUUUUUUGAGUUUUUGAAGCUCAGUAAUGAAUGCUGGUUUUGACAUUUCCUGGCUUUUGUCCUUUAAAGCUAGACAAACACAGACAAAAAAGCACAUACCUCCAUAUAUGGCCCAAUCAGACUUGCUGUGAUGAAAUCUGUUUCAAGGCAAUUAACAUAAGAAGAGCCUGCUGGAACAGGCCAGUGGCCCCUCUAACUCUUCAUCCUAUUCUCACACUGGCCAACCAGGUGCCUGCAGGAAGCCAUCAUGCAGGAUUCAAGCACAAGAGCAUUCUCCCCUCCUGUGGUUCCCUGUUGUUGUUGUUUAGUCAUUUAGUCAUGUCCGACUCUUUGUGACCCCAUGGACCAGAGCACGCCAGGCACUCCUGUCUUCCACUGCCUCCCGCAGUUUGGUCAAACUCAUGCUGGUAGCUUUGAGAACACUGUCCAACCAUCUCGUCCUCUGUCAUCCCCUUCUCCUUGUGCCCUCCAUCUUUCCCAGCAUCAGGGUCUUUUCCAGGGAGUCUUCUCUUCUCAUCAGGUGGCCAAAGUAUUGGAGCCUCAGCUUCACGAUCUGUCCUUCCAGUGAGCACCUAGCAAUUGGUAUUCCGAAGCAUCACUGCCUCCAAUUACAGGUGUUUGUGUCAGGGAAACUUGCUGUGUCUGAUUUGUACUUAUGAAUGUGCUCCACUAUCGCUCACUUUUCUUUGAGCUUGCAUCAUGACUGUGCAUUCCAAGGACCUGGAUACUGCACAACCCUUGCAAAUAAAAUAAAAUUAUAGCAGCUCUCAUUGUGUUCCCCCCUCCCCUCUCAUCCAGGUGUUAAAAGGCUUGAAUCUGAAAGUUAACAGUGGACAGACAGUAGCCUUGGUAGGCAGUAGCGGUUGUGGGAAAAGUACAACUGUUCAGCUGAUCCAGAGGUUUUAUGAUCCUAUUGAAGGCAUGGUAAGAUACUUGAUCCAAAUGCCCAUAAACUUUUUUUUUUCCAUGAGCACUGUCAAUAUCAAAUGUCAGAUUAUGGAUAUUUUAUUUGACCUGGGUUUAAAAGUCCUGUAUCUGCUCUGAAGUAUUCAGAGUAAAUAGUGUCAGUCUUGCUGUUAAUAUUCUUCAGAUGAAAUUCUUACACUUGCUUUUCUUUAUAAUAUAAACUCAAAGCUAGUUAUGAAAGAAUUAGUAAAACACAUAAAAUGCAGUAAAAACAGUUGAAAUGGAGCCGAAACCUAUUUCAAACAAUAAAACCAAGAGCAGGAUAAAACAAUUCAGCAUAAAAACUGGGAGGCAGAACUCUGGGCUGUACAGAAUGAAAACCAGGAAAUAUAAUAAGGUCUUGGGAGUUCAACAGGAAGAGAACAGGACAGAACACUCUAGGGAUGAAGUUCCACAUCCGCACCAUGCAUCUCAAAUGCAUGGCUUCCCCCAAGGAAUGUAGAGUUCCCUGGAUUCUUUGGCGAGAGAGCCAUGUGCUUUAAAUAUGGGGCAGCAUGUGUGCUGCAAUAGAGAAGGUGGGGUUCAGAAUCAGUUGCAAGGCGAGUUUGUGAGAGAGUCUCAGGUCUCAAGUGGUAACAGCUCUUCUUCCUCCUAGACCUCUGCCCGCCUCCCCUCCAUUGUCUUACAACUUUUCCUGACAUCUCCUUCCCCAAAUCCAGCCUAAACGAACCAAAACUGUGUUUCUUUACAUCAGGGGUGGCUAACUCCCAGUUCAGGAGCAGAUCUAUCCCCUCCAACACCCCCCCAAAAAAAACCCCACCCUUCACUUAUUUUUAUGACAACAAAGAAGGAAAACAAAUAGAUGCAGUGGUGGGAUGGGCAUACACCGGUGCCUUAAUGAAGAGGCAAUUUACUCCUUUGCUAGUCUUUACAUUGAUAAUUUGAUGAGCAGGGAGGAGGCAAUAAUUCUCCCCUUCCCCAGCUGAUCUGCAUAGAUCAGCUGCGGAGGUGUAUGUGUGUCAGGGGCUGUGUAUCCUGUGUGUGCAUGUGAGACUGUGGGUUGGCCGCACCCACCAGUAGCACACAACCACCAAAGGGUUGGCCAAGGCUGAAUGCAGCCCUCAAACUGUAGCAGUGUGGUGUGGUGGUGAGAGGCUAGGAGCUGGGAGGUAAAGGUAAAGGGACCCCUGACCAUUAGGUCCAGUCGUGGCCGACUCUGGGGUUGCGGCACUCAUCUCGCUUUAUUGGCCGAGGGAGCCGACGUACAGCUUCCGGGUCAUGUGGCCUUCAUGACUAAGCCACUUCUGGCAAACCAGAGCAGCACAUGGAAAUGCCAUUUACCUUCCCGCCAGAGCGGUACCCAUUUAUCUACUUGCACUUUGAUGUGCUUUCGAACUGCUAGGUGGGCAGGAGCAGGGACUGAGCAACGGGAGCUCACCCCAUCGCGGGGAUUCGAACCACCGACCUUCUGAUCAGCAAGUCCUAGGCUCUGUGGUUUAACCCACAGCGCCACCCACGUCCCAGGAGCUGGGAGACCAGGGUUCAAAUCCCCACGCAACCAUGAAGCUCACAGGGUGCCUAAAGAAAGAAAUUUAGCCACCCCUGCUUUACAUGUUCAUGCCAUCCUCCUUGACUAGGCGGACUGUCUAUUUCCUUUUUUUCUUUGCUUUGUCAGGCUUAUCUCAAAUUUGUCUAUCCCUCUUCCACAAAAACCUUGCAGCUGACUACCACUAGUAAUAGGCUGUUGUCUGAUCCUGUCCCUAUCCAACACCCUCUCCCCUACUUUCCUGAGUAGAUAUGCCCCUUUCUUCCACUCCCCUUUUCAAACUAUGUACUAUACCCAUGAUAAUAUUUUUCCUUUUACUUCACACAUUCUUUUUAUGACAAUUUGCCAAUAUUUAUUCUGAGUUCUGAGUGGAACUCUCUUGUGCGAUUUGUGUGUGCUUCGUUUUAGAUUACCAUUGAUGAUCAGAAUAUCAAGACCCUGAACUUAAGGUACCUGAGGGAGAUUAUAGGUGUGGUGAACCAGGAGCCUGUGUUAUUUCAAACCACGAUUGCAGAAAACAUUCGAUACGGCCGUGAAGACGUCACCAUGGAAGAGAUUGAAAAAGCUGUCAAGGAAGCCAAUGCUUAUGACUUCAUCAUGAAACUGCCCAAUGUGAGAAAUUAGGAUACCCUCCUCUGCUUAUCUUAUUUUAAUGCCUUGUGUGAUUUUUUAAAAGCUGAAAUAAACCAAGCAGAAUGAAAUAUUGAUUGAGGGCUGCCUUCUCUAACCAGUGUUAGAGAAUUCGCUGGGUGUCAAGAUCCUAGUUUUGGGGCAAGUACUCUUUGGUGAGAGAACCCCAGGUUCAAUUUAAAAUCACAAGAUAUAUAGCAAAGUAAAGCAUGGAAAUAUAUGCUGUAAGAGCUUUAAAAUAUGCCCUUGUGAGUUCCAAAACAUCCCUCUUCCCUUAGCAUAGAAAAGACCCUGUGUUUGAUAAGUUUAAAAUGGGUUACUUACAAACUCUCCAAAGGUCAUGUUCAUGUGUUUUCCAUACACCAGUCAGAAAACACAGACAGCAAAACUUGGCUUCGUUACAAUGGUGGAAGUUCAUGAAUUGUUGGUACAGGAACUCAAGAAUGGCUUAUAAAAGCCAUGUGGUCUGAGCUUAGACCACAUCACGCUGAGCCACUCAAGUAGACAGAAGAGGAACAAUAGGCUUGAUUGCUCCCUCCUCCCAAGGUGAGGGGGUGUGCCUAGCCAAGCCUGGCAGGAAAGCUUACUCUACGAUGUUAACCCCUUCAUGCAUCAAUUAGAUUUAAACAUGUUGGUUAUAUGAGGCUUGGUUUUUUUAAAAUGUUAUUUAUAACUUUCCCAUAAUUUCAAUAUAUACAGCUGUGAAUACGUUUAUCAACCCAAUACUUCUAAGCUUCCCAUCCCACCCCUCCAUGGCUUCCCUUUUGUUCCUUGUUGUGCUGCGCCUCCUUUUUAACCACCCGUUUUCACUCUAAUCUCUAGCCCAGUUGUUAAUUACUGCUUCUCACACACCAAAUCCUGCUUGUAGAUUUACGGUAUCUGACAAUUAUAUCGUUUUUAAAUAAUCUACGAAUAGUUUCCACUCCUCCCUCAGCCAAGUCUCGUCUUACUUGCUGAUUUUAGUUGUCAUGCUGGCCAGUUCUACAUAUUCUAUUAGUUUAUUUAACCAAUCCUUUCUUGUUGGAAUUUCUUGUUCUUUCUAUUUUUGCACGUAGAUGGUUCUUGCAGCUGUAGUUGCAUAGAGAAAGAGGUUGAGUACCUUCUUAGGGAUGUCAACAUUUGUUAUUCCUAAUAAGAAAGCUUCCAGAUUUUUUGGGAUUGUUGUCUUAAAAAUAUUUUUGAAUUCUCCAUAAAUCAUAUCCCAAUAUUUUUUGGCUUGCUUACACAUCCACCACAUGUGAAAGAAGGUACCCUCGGUCUCUUGGAACUUCCAGCAUAAGUUAGAUCCUUUUUUAUACAUCUUGAUGAGCUUGCUAGGGGUCAAAUACAAUCUAUAUAUCAUCUUUAAUAGAUUUUCCUUUGAGGUAUAGCACGGGUUAUAUGAGGCUUGUUAUCCAACCCGGUGUGCUCAAUAUAUUGUUGGACUAUGGUGCCCAUCAUCCCUAACCAUUGCCCAUCCUGGUUGGGGCUGAUGGGCUUUGUAGUUCAAAACAUCUAUAGGGCAGCAGGUUAGGGAAGGCUGCAGCUUUUUAAAAGUCUCACAUGGAGUCUGGAAGAAGAAUUAACAGUGUUUCCUAUAUCUUGGGGGAUUAUUUUUUUUUAAAGUUAAAGGUUGAAGGUCUUUAUUAUUUAUGGGCACCAUGCACACAAUGCUUCACAAAGCAACACAUGCAAAAUCAGUGCGAGGGGAUUGACAAAGACAGGGAAGAAACUUGGAGGGUGAAGGUAACAGUGGCAUAAGUGUGUGUUCCCGGGAAGAGGAAUUUAUUGUUAGACCACACUGGGAGUAGUUGUUGGGGUGGGUGGGUAGGGAAUAGAGGACUCCUAGCAGCCCUCAGCACCUGUAACAGGCUACGGCUCCCAGAAUUCUUUGGGGGCAGCCAUGACUGUUUAAAACGAUAUGAUACUGAUUUAACUGUGUAAUACCAAUGAGGCCUGUGUGCGUUAGGGCUGCCACUACUGCUAGCAAGAGAUUCACUAAAACAAGGCUUUUUUAAAUAUUAAAAUCAGUUGUCAAAGUUUAAAUACAGGCCUCACGUUUUAAUCUAUUUUUUUAAGUUCAAUUGUUAGAAAGGGCAGUGGUUCAAGGGCAUCCUGUGAACUGAGAGUUAGUUUAUUUUCACCUUCCUGUGCAUCUUGGCUAUAAGGUCUAUUUUCACACACAUUAUUAUUAUUUCUCUAAAUAUAGAUGAACCUUCUUAGGCAAAUAAACAACCCAAAAAUGUUUCUUGAAAUGCCUGGUGCUUGGUGCAAGUAUUUUUCUAGCCACUGAACACAUGGUGUGUUUUCAGCAAGCAAAACACACAUAACACGCUUGUAAAUUUAUUCAAUUAUUUAGACUAAAUUUUCCAGGAUGACUUAAGGUCUGUGCCUCAGAAUUCCUAAGUAGAGAUGACCUUCAUGCAGGAAGGGGUGUGCAAUGUCAGUGUGGACAUGUGUGUGUGGAAUAAACACAUGUCCCCUCUUAGCCAGCCCUCUGCCAGUGGUGGGUGGAGCCAAAACAUGAGUGGGUGUGACCAAAGUGGACAUGCUGGCCACACCCACUCUUGCAUUGGCCCCACCCACUAUUAGCAUGCAGUCCUCAUCCCCAAGAGCUGGCCAAGAGAAAAUGCCAUCUGUGGGCCAAAAAUUACUCCCUAACCCUGAUAUAAUAUAUCAGGCCAUAACACCAUUUAUUGGUUCUGAGCUGUUGCUGGGUUUUUUCCUGUUUUGCAGACAUUUCACACUAUGGUUGGAGAAAGAGGAGCCCAGCUAAGUGGAGGACAGAAGCAAAGGAUAGCAAUUGCCCGUGCUCUUGUCCGCAACCCCAAGAUCCUGUUGCUGGAUGAGGCUACGUCAGCUUUGGAUACCGAAAGUGAAGCUGUGGUUCAGGCAGCAUUGGACAAGGUCUGUUUCCCUGAGAAAACCUUGCAUAGUAGAAAAUGAAUGGUUUACAAAUAACUUAAGAUGAAUAACAGGUUUCAUUAUGAGAGCAGCGAUCUCAUUGCAUGAUGGGCCUUUCCUGCCUCUUUCUCUCCCACUGACGUGAAAGGGCAGCAAAGUUUCAGUCAUUUGAACUUAUUGUUGCAUUUAUACUGUUAGGGAGUACAGUGGUACCUUGGGUUACAGACGCUUCAGGUUACAGACUCUGCUAACGCAGAAAUAGCACCUUGGGUUAAGAACUUUACCUCAGGAUGAGAACAGAAAUGGCGCACCAGCGGUGCAGUGGCAGCAGGAGGCCCUAUUAGCUAAAGUGGUACCUCAGGUUAAGAACAGUUUCAGGUUAAGAACGGACUCCAGAACGAAUUAAGUUCCUAACCCAAGGUACCACUGUAUAUGUAUGGGAGGGGAGGGGUGAAGAACAUGUUGUCGUGCUCCUUCUGGGGUAGUUUGUCCAUCUUUGGUCCCCACCACUCAGCUCUCACCUGUGUCUCCCAGAAGCUGUCAACAUGCCACAGCGACCACACCCCAGGAAAUGGCUUUUGACUGGCCAGCUGAACCAGGUGAUGGGUCUCAAACCCCUAGGGAGAUAGGGACCUCCCCCUGCAUGCAAAGAAAGGCUCUGACAGAUUGAGUGGACAAGACCAAUAGUGGGUCCAACAGACAAUCAUGCGGUUUCUUCAUGUGCUAUAGAGGGAAGUGAGGGGCAGAUGGGGCUGGGAAAGUAGCCCGUCUAGGAGAAGGAAAACUCUGAUCCUAACCCUCUGCUGCCUUGUGGCUAUACUCAUUGGCGAGAAAGGCUUUUGGAGUAAACCCAUGCCUACUGCCUUGUGGGAUAUCUUCAGGAGAAGAAAAGGCUAAAAAGUAAACACUGCACAAAUCCAGAGUGGAGUCCCUUCUGGAGUCUCCCUACAGCCAAGCUGGUGUCAAACAUAUUGCUCUGAUUUCCUUUGGACCACAUCAGCAAGGCUGAGGCAGGGGCUGGGCCUUGUCAUUUGGGCAGCCCAGGCUUGCAGCUCAGAGAGGUCACUUCUGUGCUGCUAAUCAGCAAAACCUAUCUGGGAGCAGUUACAAGUUACCGGCCUCUGCACCACAGGAGGCACUGUGAUUCUCCAGCCGUUUGACGUCACCCCUGGAGGCACACUCCCUCGUCUCUUAAGAAAGAUGGAUGCCAGCUGCUUGGGACAUGGGAUUUUCUGCCGCAGGAGCCAGCCUUGCACUUUGAUUUGGAGGGUGGGCAUUUGCUGCUGCACACCAGGCAGCAAAAUCUGCCUUUGCCCAGCCCUACCUGAAGGUCAGGGAACCUCCAUGAAGAGCCUGUGAUGAGUUACAGCAGGGGACUGAAGUUGGAGGAGGGAAUUGACAGAAUGGAGGGGUCUUCCUCACGCCAGCCUCUCUAUACAGGGCACUCUCUUGGAUGCCAGCAAAUACGCUUAAAUGCAUUUCAAAAACAGAUACAGUGUUGUUUUAAAAGGGAGCUGCUUAUAACGAUCUGGUUGUCUUCUGUAUGCAUAUUUCGGUUUAGGAGAGGCAAUUAAAGCAUGCCUCACUUGAAAGUGAAAUCGAGAAUAUUGAUUGUUUUGAAGGAUGGAUAGGUCACCAUCCCAAAACAGAGCAGGUGUGUUGUAAUCAGUAUUGACAGAUCCCUAUGGGAAUUGCAGAGAAGCCCAGGAGUCGGUUCCAAAAAGCCUGUGUUCCUGCUUUUGUUUCUGGUGUUGAAAGCUAAAGGGGGACUGUGGGCAUGUGAGAUAGGGAUGGGAAGCGCUGGUGCAAUAUCUGGUUAAUUAGUUACCUUCCCGGGGUUUCUAUGGAUUGUUCCUGGCUGUGAGGAAUGUUAACUCAAAUUAAAGAUUAAUGAGCAGGAUAACCGGACGCCAAAAGGUUUUAGCACAAAAGUAAUGUAUGCUAAAUAGUACACUAAAAAAAAAAGACUUUGAAAGCUGGCUAGGCGCAGCUAACCAUCCUUUCACCUCUUCCUGGACCAGAACCAGAAAAGGCUUCAGGUCAAAUCAGCUCAAUGUCAUGCAGUGCGUUACUGAAUUACCUUGUGGAAGAUCCAAAUUCAGCUCCAUUCCUGGGUGUGCCACUCUUUGGCUGUACUUGGGCUGAUCAGUUGCUCUCUUGCUGAGUUCCUGUUGAGGUCAAAUAAAGAUAAAAAUAUUUUUGUGCACUGGAAGAGUUUGGCGCAAGUGGUUUUAAACGCAACAGGUGGUGCAUCUGAGCGUGUGCAGACUACCUUUCUUCUGCUAAUAAACCGGGAAGAGGGCAGAACUAAGUCACGAUGACUGUGUGAGAGAUCCUUAGAAACUGAAGAAUCAAAGCUCGGUGAUACAAAAGGUGUUGGAUUCAAUCCUCCUGCCUGGAACCCUGAAGAGUCACUACCAAACAGUACAGAAGCCUUUUUCCUGCCAAGCGUCUCAUCCCCACAGAGUUGAUCUUUUGAGGACUGCGUAGUGUUGGUGAAUGGGGUCAGAGCCAAAAGUGGGUGGUGCUGGCUCCCCUUUCACCUCUCAGUAUCUUUCUGCCACUGCCCUCUCUGAAACAUACUUUCCCAUCUUUGCUUUCCCUACUUGCUGCUUGUAUGAAAUUAGGACAAUGCCUCUAAGGCUGCGUUCCCUGUGAUAGACUGUACUGGGGUAGAAAGCUUCCAGAUGCUAGUCCAUCCACGUACCAGUGGCACCAGGUUCCCUCCAAGAUUGAGGGAGGGGGCUGGUGCGUGUGUUGUCAUGUGUGCAUCGCCUGAUAUCACACGUCUCCCGACACUGCACAGGCCAGUGCAGGUGCACCGGACCCCCUCAAUAUUGGGGUGGGGGGCUGGACCCCCUUCAAACAAAUACUGAGUUGGUGUGCCUGCUGCAUUCUGACUGCUUUUUCUUUGUAAUUUUGAGCAAGGCCCAUAGCUCAAUGGCAGAUCAUCUUAGAGAGCUACUGCCAUUAAUAAGUGUAGACUGGGCUGCCCUUGAUGGAUUAAAGUCUCUGUGUAAGACAGCUUCUUAUGUUCCUUUGCCAAGUUAAUGAAAGCUGUAAAAUGUGAUGCAAAGACCAAUGUUAACUGAAUCUGAAUACGUCUCUUUAGGCAAGGGAAGGUCGCACAACUAUUGUAAUCGCUCAUCGGUUAUCUACAGUCCGCAACGCAGACCUCAUAGCUGCUUUUGAAGAUGGCUCCAUCACAGAGCAAGGGACACAUAAUGAGCUCAUGGCAAAGAAAGGAGUUUAUUUCAAACUUGUUAAUAUGCAGGUAGUGGUUCAUUUCUUUUCUUUUCUCCCCUUUUGCCACGUUGGCAUAUAAGUCCUCUUGAACUGAGUUCUGUUCCUAUUCCUCCCUGUGGCCCAACUCCACCAAGUCCUUUGGGAACUGAUGCUGCAAUGCAACCUCUUUUCCUAUAUGCACAGUCCUAGUGACUGUCUAUGACUGUCUAUAUUUAAAUAGGUUUACUUUUUAUAUAUAUAAAAAGUCAUAUGUGUAUUGCUGUUGUUUGUGGUGUUGUUACUUGCGCUGAGCCUUUGGGGGAAGGGCAAGUUAAAGGUCUAACUAAUUAAAUUUGAAAGUUGUGCCAUUUGUAAACAAAAAAUCAAAAAACCAAACUGGACUUGAUACAGGCACAAGUCAUGUUUAAUAUAUUGAGUUUUUAUUGUUCUCAGUUCAGUGUGUAUACCAUAUUUUUCCGUUUAUAAGACACCCCCAUGUACAAGACGCCCCCUAUUUUUGCGGCAACAACCAAUCGGCAGUCCACCCUCGGCACUAUCCGUGUAUAAGAUGCCCCCUAAUUUUUGAUAUUAUUUUUUAGGGAAAAAACCUAGUCUUAUACACGGGAAAAUACAGUAAUUCUAUAAACAUUUCACACCAGCAUUUUGAAAUCCAAAUCUCUUUCAAAACUUCUGCUCUCUUAUUUUAGUCAAUUGAAACUGAGGUUCAAUCAGAUGAAAAUGAGCUCAUUGACGGAAAAGGCAUGUCAAAAGAGGCAUUAAAAGACUUCUUUGCAAAUGGAGUGCGACGGCGUUCGACCCGCAAGAGCUUGAAAAGGCCAGAAGAGCAGGACAAAGACCUUGAGGUCCAAACUGUUCAGCCUGUAAGUGUCUCGGCUUUAAAUUGCAACAGUGCUAAUUGUGCUUUGUGUGUACACCAAAGUCUGAACCACAGAGCCUAGGGCUUGCGGUUGGCAGUUCGAAUCCCUGCGACAGGAUGAGCUCCUGUUACUUGGUCCCAGCUCCUGCCCACAUAGCAGUUUGAAAGCACGUCAAAGUGCAAGUAGAUAAAUAGAUACUGCUCCGGCGGGAAAGUAAAUGGCGUUUCCCUGCACUGCUCUGGUUCACCAGAAGCGGCUUAGUCAUGCUGGCCACAUAACUUGGAAGCUGUCUGUGGACAAAUGCCAGCUCCCUCGGCCCAUAGAGCGAGAUGAGUGCGUAACCCCAGAGUCGUCUGCAACUGGACCUAAUGGACCUUUACCUUUACCUUUGUACACCAAGACAUGUGCCAAGACUUGUUUUCAGGUCUGCAUCUUCCUGUUCCUGGCUGAUCUUAUUUUCUUCUGCUUUUCUUAUAUGUUCCUCUAUGCAGGCUCUUGCUCUGAUGACCCCUUUGGUUUUCAGGGCUCGUCUCCUACCUUACCUGCAUCCCCAGUAGUUUCUCCCCUCCAUAAGAGUGGCUCUUUUUGUGGAUACACCUGACAGCCUUGAUUUGGUGGGGGUAUCCCCAAAGUCUGAGCCUGAAUGCUGAAGGAUAUGUGUCUGCGGUUCACACUUUACAAAUUUGUUGAAGGAAACACAUGCAGCAGCAAGCAGAAUGUAAAAUGUGUAACCGCUCUCAGUUAAAAGAUCUUUCUCUCUCCUUUUUUGAGACUUUCCUUAGUGAAGACCCAUCACAAAGUUUUUCUAGAGUCACUUUGGGUCCACCAGUUGAUUUCUCUUCAUUUAAGGGAAGGGUCAUAAUCCAGUGGUACAGGUUUUGUGUACAGAAAGUCUAAUAUGCAGGUUAAGAAUGGGUGACAAGAAUUAGCUCUGCCCAAUACCCUGGAGAGACUGUGAUAAUUGAAAUAGACAAAGGUCUACAGGGAGCAAACAGAACCAUGGGCGUUUUCUAGAUCAACACCAUAUUUCCUGUAAAAAGAAAAGCAACAAGUAUAGAGAGUUUAUGAAUGGAGGCCAGAAAAGGGCAGAGAGCACUGCAUAAAACAUUCUCCUGUGUUCUAGAAUGAAAAUUUGCCCUCAGUUUCAUUUCUGAAGAUCAUGAAGUUGAAUGUGUCCGAAUGGCCUUACUUUUUGGUGGGAACGUUUUCUGCAAUCAUCAAUGGAGCGUUGCAGCCUGCGUUUUCAGUCAUAUUCUCUGAAAUCAUAGGGGUGAGUAUAUAGUAAGUUCUGUCUCUGACAUCCAUUCCAAAACUACAUUUAAAUGUAGAAAACAUUCAGGCCAGAAUUGAGCCUUCAAUAGAGAAUUUGCAUUGAGAAACUUGGAUCUGUGUAGAGGGAAGAUUAGGGGGCAGUUCUUCUAUAGCAGAAUGUAGGUGAAUAUUAGUUGAUGGUAUGGAUGAUGGUGAAUUUCAAUUCAGUUGGAAAGGUGCCUGAUUUGCAGUUUCGGAAACAACACAAGGACUGAAAUGCAACCAUCCUUUGAAAUUCACACAUCUCUGAAAUUUGGAAUGCAACGUUGCAGCCAAGUAAUGUGUACAAAAAUGCAUUUGGUAGGAUAAGGUAUGCCUAAAAAUGCACAUGUCUGUGAAAUGAGUUUAUUAGGCAAAAUUGUAUACAGAUGUGGGAUUAUUAGGGGAAAUUCACACUAAAAUGCUGAUGAUUUUUCAUGAGGACUUGAAAAAUCAACACCCACAAAAUUAUGUGGAAAUGUGGAUAACUAAAAUUAAGAUUGGAGGAAUCAAAAACUGAGAGAAACCAAACCCGACAGAUUUUCCCAUUCUCAAUUGGGGAUUACUUUCACAGAAUGCAAUACGUAGUGCUUGCUCUUAGGCACUUCAAUGUCCCCAUGGAGAUUUACAUACUACAGUCAUACCUUGGGUUACAGGCGCUUCAGGUUGCGUUUUUUCAGGUUACGCACGCGCCGAAACCCGGAAGUACCAAAACGGGUUACUUCCGGGUUUCGGCGGUUGCACAUGCACAGAAGCGCUAAAUCGCACUUUGCGCAUGCACAGAAGCGCCGAAUCGAAACCCACGCAUGCGCAGACGCGCUACUGAGGGAUGCAAACGCUGCGGGUUGCGAAUGUGCCUCCUGCACGGAUCACGUUCAUAACCUGAGUGUCCACUGUACUCCUGUAUUACUGAGCAAAUGAUUGCUCCUACCUUUUUGAACCUGUUCAUAAAAAUAUUUCCAAACUGCCUUUUGGCCCUAACAGCCCACCCCCGCAAGUCAGUGUACCCAAAAUAUGUGUGUUAAACUGCCUUCAGACCAAAUGUUUCCUCAUUUAUUUAGGCAAGCUCAGAAUUGGCCUUCUCACUCAAAAUGAACUCAGUUUCUUGAACAUCAUUGGAACCUGCUCUUAACUGCCCAUGUUUUGAAAGUGGCUUGCCAGUCUUUGCUCAUGACUACUAUUAUAGAGUCUAAUAACAAUGGCAAAUGCAGACUUGGAAGUCACAAAUAUACAGUUUCUCCAAUGGCCCAAUAACAGGAAACCUCCUUCUGGGAGCAAGAAUUGAUGUAUUUUUUAGUUACAUAUUUUCAGUGUAUGUCUGUCUUGUACUAUUAUAUAGUCUCAGGAGAAACAUUGCAGCACAAUGCAAAGAAAAUCUAAGUGAGCAAUAUCUACGCAGAACAUUGUUUUUAGGGUUAUUGAUAUGUACCAGCUAAUUAAUAACUGAUAAGCAGUAAUUCAUCUGUUUAGAGAUAUAUAUGAUUUUACUUUUUAUAUUGCAUAUUUUACACUUAAGAGAAUGAGUUUCAGUACAAGUAAGCAAGGUGAAGUAUUUAGAGAUAAGUUAAUGAAAGAAAAUUAACACUGAGAUUACUGUUCCAUAGAUUUUUACACUGAAGGAUCCAGUCAUAGUACGAGAAAAGAGCAAUAUGUAUUCAUUGCUAUUCUUAGCCCUUGGGGUUAUAUCCUUUGUAACAUUUUUCCUUCAGGUAAGUUGCAUUUGCUUUGUUCUUAAUUUGCAUUUGCUUUGGCCAGAUCCUGAAAGUAUUCAGAAACUCACAGAACUAUUGUUUGUUUUUGUUUUGAAGAGGUGACAUUACUUUUAAUCCAAAGAAUUUAGAUUAAUUUUUGAAGAAGGACCAACAUAGUGUAUUUAAUUCUAGAGGAUUAUUUAGUUCCUUUGUGUGCAGAACUAUAUCAGACAUCUUUCAAAUUCACAAGGAUCACUGUAGCAAAUUUGAAUUGACAGAUGUGCAGAAUAUUGAUUUGCUGUUGAAAUUGCAAAACUGCAAAUAAGGCAAAAUAUUUGAACGCAACAAUGUUUUAGGUGUGCCCGGCAUAAGCUUUCCAUCAAAAUAUCCACAAUUACAUCAUAAGCAUAUCGGAAAACAAAACAAGUUAUUAAUGUCAGAAGCCUUGGUCUUAAUACAUUGGCCUGAGAGCUUCAUCAUAUAUCCUGUAAAUUCUAUUUAGACCCUGAAUACAGAACAGUUCUUCUAACUACAGAAUAAGGCCCAUACACUUGUCAUGGGAUUCUUCUGGCAUUUCCAGCAAGAGUCAGUAGUUUGAGUCUUGAAUCUCAAAUUAAGUACUGGAAAAACAUUCUUGUAGUAUUAUCAUAAACUGAUGCAAUGCUUGUGUGGCUCAAAGAAAAUAGAUAUUUUGCUUUUGGAAAACAUUGUGCUUGGCUGUCAUGCCAGUACAACUUAUUUUGAAUUAUUCUGCCCAUAUUAUACAUUGUUGUGAUUUCCUUCCUGUUAUAAGAAAGCAAUAUCCGCUUGAGCCAUACGGCUCCAGUAGUUUCAGCGAAUGGCAUGCUCAGAGAAUUUUGCAGCCUAGUGCCCCAUUGCAGCCCAUUCAGGAACUCAGAUCAAGAUCAGAGGAGUAGAGACUGAAGUGGGGAAGGAGCUAAACACCAAACCUGUUGAUCCCUCUGGCAGGAUGAGUGUUUUCUCCCAAUGCCUUAUUGUUCUUGUUAAGCUGGGGGCGAACAUAUCAGACGACACAGCAAUUCUUCCAAAGCAGCUCUUUCUUUGUAAGCUGGAACAGAACUGAACUGAGGAGCGCAUUCAGCCUGCUUAUAUAGAGCUCCAGAACAAUUGUAACUGUUGCAGCUUUCUAAAACUAUCCAAUCACUGAAUGUCACUUUCGAUCCUUCAUUUGCACACAAACUAUCCAAUCACUGAACAUCACUUUCGAUCCUUCAUUUGCAUAACUCUCUACAGUAUCCCCCUGCUGGCCCAGGGUGAGAACUUCAGUACAUAACAGUUCUCAUACGGAAUGCAAAGUAGCUAAGUUGCUUGUACUCUGGUUUGCUUACAUACAUACAUACAUACAUACAUACAUACAUAAUGUUAUUUGUAUGCCACCUUUCCAUUGUUAAAACCAUGCUCAAGGUGGCUUACGACAUGAAAAAAUACAUAAUUGCAAGCAUAACAAAAGUAGUCAUAAAUAAUAAAACAUCCAAAAGGACACAACCAAAUAAAAAAAAAAUGUUUUUAUAUAUGCUGUAAGCUGCCCAGAGUGGCUGGGGCAACCCAGUCAGAUGGGCGGGGUACAAAUGUUGUUGUUGUUGUUGUUGUAUUAUUAAAUCAUAAUAAGGUAUAAAAUAAAGAUACAAAAAAGAAUAUCAAAACUGGCAGCAUCCAAUUAUGCAGGAAACCUUCUCUUUCAGGGUUUCACCUUUGGCAGAGCUGGAGAGAUCCUUACAUUGAAGCUUCGCUACAUGGGAUUCCAAGCAAUGCUUAGACAGGUAUUCUAAGGGAGAGAUUUGUUUGCUUUAUUGAGCUAGCGCAGGAUAAAAACUGAUUUCAGUUUUUAUCCUCUCGCUAGCCCAAUAAACGGGUUGCAAUAUUGAACUGUGCCAUCACCCCUUCCAACAUUGCAAUAAACCAAUAAUCCACGGCAAGUUUGGGAAAUAUGUGGCCCUUCGGGUGUCGCCGAGCUGCAGUUCCCAUCAGCCCUAGUAAUAUGGUCAGGGAUAAUGGGAGUUGUAGUUCAGCAAUAUCUGGAGGGCAAAAGGUUCCCCACACCUGAUCUACAGUUCACAUCCAAGAAAAUCACCCAAGUAGUUCCUUUCAUCUGGGAGGGGGUUGAGUUGUGUUCCUUGAACAGCAACUUUCUUCAGUGGUAAAUUGCAUUUGAAAGUGUCAAAACUAAGAAGUCUAUAUGGCAUGGAGAUCUGAUGUUCAAAGAAAAAAAUUACCCAUACAACCCCUUAAUUAGUUGUAUUACUCUCAGCCAACAUGUUUGGAAACCUCUGAGCUCAGAAACCACAAGAGCGUGAUUGACCCAAUCUGUCUAUUUAGAUGCGGGGGGGGGGGGGGAGAAAUCUGUUGACUUCGCUGGGUUUUAGGAAUUAGUUACUAGGUGCAAGACUACAGCUCUACAAAUGAAUAAUGACCCUAAUUAAAUAUAUUUUAAAAUAUCUUGCCCUCCAGAAUCUGAACAGCAAAAACUGGAUUUGCAAUGCUAUUGUAGCCAGGAUUGUGUUGGUAUCUUAAAAUGUAUUGUGUAUUUCUAGGACAUUGCUUGGUUUGAUGACCCUAAAAACAACACUGGAGCGUUGACUACAAGACUUGCUCUUGAUGCUUCUGAAGUAAAAGGUGUAAGUAAUACUCAUCUGUACCCUUCCCCCAAUUCUCAUUCUCUUGAUGAUUCUACGUAGUUGUGUUGUAGGCUAUCCAGUGCAACUCUCACGCCUGAGUUCCACGUGCUAACUAAGUUUGUACGUGGCACUAAACCAUAUUUUAGUCAUUUCCAGUUGUGUAUUUCAAAGACACUGCCAACGAGAGAUGACUAAAGCGAGAGGCUUAAAUAGGCUGCACUCAAAGGCAACUUGGUUGGGUUCUUGCGCAGUUGGAAAGUUUAUCAAUAACUGUGAAGUAGUUUUGCAGAAACCCUAGACAUAGGCAUCACUUCUGAGAUGUUGAACUUGACUUAGAGUUGGGUGGGCUGUCCAGUUCUAGCAAAGCUCUUGAGGGAAGCAGGGGAACAAUACGAGAACAUACCCUGGACAGCUCCAAAGUGGCCCUUCUGGCGUAAGCUUUCUUUUCCUAAGGCAGCUACAGAAAACUCUCUGUGAUUGGGGAUAUAAUAGUAUUGCAGGGACACAUUCUCUGAGUUAGAGAAGGAUAGCAGGACUGUGUCCUCCAGAUGAAUAAGGAAGGGUGAUGAAUAAGUGCCUGGCAGUUCUCUUCCCCCACCCCCAACAAGGAAGUAGCCUGAAUCUCACUCUCCUCGGAGUAUUCCUCUUCUCGCUUCAACCCCCAUUGGCUCCAGCCAGCAUGACUAGUGAUCAAAGAUAAUGGGAGGUGUAAUUUAACAACAUAUGGAGGUUCCUAGGUUUUCCAUCGCUGAUUUAGAGAAACCAGCUUCUGCCAAGUUUCUCCACUCACCUCUUGCUUCUAGGUCAAAGUUUCGGAAAAAAUUUUUUUGCCACAUGCUUCCUUAGCCCUUCACAGAGCAAUGCAUAGUUUCAGGGGCAGCACUGAAGGGUAUGAUGAAGCCUUUGGAUGAGAGAUACUAUGGGGUUUCUGUAAUAUUUACUUAACUUAUUUACUCCAUUUAUAUGCUUUCUCCAAGAAGCUCAGGGCAGCAUACAUGGUUUCCCACCCUCCCUCCCACCCACCAUUUUAUCCUCCCAAAAGCCCUGUGAGGUAGGUUAGUCUGAGAUACAGUGUGUGGCUCAAGGUUUUGUUACAAAUAUACAAACAGACUAUUUUGGAGACAGUGGGCAGCAAAUAUUCUAACCUUGCAUCAGAUUGUCAGAACAACUUUCUGUACCCAAAGAUACUUCGUCUUCAGUAAGUGUGCAGCAAUUUGCCCUACAUUCUCCCUCUGUUCCAUUCUUCUCAAUGGAAAAAACCUGUUGUACUGUUCUGCCUUGUCCUACUAGCUGAGGAAUGGCAUGUUCACAAACUCUGGGAGGCGUUGUACUCCAAAGGCCACAGAGAGAUGUUCAGCUAUCAGGAACACCCCCCCCCCCCAAUUAAUACAUUUUGUUUUCCCCUCCUUCAUUCAGGCUACAGGGGCCAGGCUAGGCAUGCUUGCCCAAAACAUUGCUAACCUUGGGACAGGAAUAAUUAUAUCAUUGGUGUAUGGCUGGCAGCUGACCCUCGUCAUCCUGGCUGUUGUGCCACUCGUUGCCAUUGGAGGACUCAUUGAAAUGAGAAUGUUGGCUGGACAUGCCAGGAAAGAUAAGAAGGAACUUGAAGGUGCAGGGAAGGUAAGUAUCUGCUAAACCAUUCCCUCUGACAGCAAACACAGCUGGUUGAGUGCCACCAGAAUUAGAACCAAAACAGGGGUGCUGAGAAACAAGAGGAUGGUGUCUGACCUUCAUGAGACUGAAAACCAAAGAAGAGGCAGAAAGAAAGUGAGAGGAUCCUGCACUUUCCAUACCCUCUCCCUUCUGCAGGGAUCAGAGUGCCAUUUUGAGCAAAGAGAAGACGUCCCACUAUAGUAGACUUAUUGGGCUGUGACUGGUUCUUGGAAACAAUUAUGCACUGGUGCCUGUAACUGCUCCUGGAAGCUCAGCCUGGAGCACUUUAGAAUCAGUGGAGAGCCACCCUGUAAGAGUGUGCUGGUGUUUUGCUCUUUAGAGCUCUUUCCUCAAGAAAAGUCAUACUUGGGGAAACUUGUUGCUUUCCCACUAGCCAGUGUGUUUCUCUCUCUUACAGAUUGCAACAGAAGCAAUAGGGAAUAUCCGAACGGUUGUUUCCCUUACUCAGGAAAUAAAAUUUGAACAAAAGUAUGGAGACAGUCUGCAAGGACCAUACAGGUAACAGACAGGGAACGUUUUGAUCAUCUCUUGAAAUGACAUGCCUAGGAUGUUGCUGUUAAGUCUUCAUCCAACUUCUUAAUUCUCAGGACAAUUACUUCUCAAGUUUGAGCCAGACUUACACUGCAGUCCUAACCAUGCCUUCUCGGAAGUUAGUCCUGUUGAGUAUGGUGGGGCUUAAAGGUAAAGGUAAAGGUACCCCUGCCCGUACGGGCCAGUCUUGACAGACUCUAGGGUUGUGUGCUCAUCUCACUCUAUAGGCCGGGAGCCAGCGCUGUCCGGAGACACUUCCGGGUCACGUGGCCAGCGUGACAAGCUGCAUCUGGCGAGCCAGCGCAGCACACAGAACGCUGUUUACCUUCCCGCUGGUAAGCGGUCCCUAUUUAUCUACUUGCACCCGGGGGUGCUUUUGAACUGCUAGGUUGGCAGGCGCUGGGACCGAAUGGCGGGAGCGCACCCCGCCGCGGGGAUUUGAACCGCCGACCAUGCGAUCGGCAAGUCCUAGGUGCUGAGGUUUAACCCACAGCUUCCAAGCAAAAUGGUUUAGGUUGCAGUCUUAGUCAUGCCUAAGAGCUCAUUCACUCUUCUCUAAGUAUGACUCAGCCUGGAUCCAAUCCCAAAUGUUUUGUCAUGAGUUCCUUCUGGUGGCUUGUUCAAGUGGUGCCCAAGCAGUCUUGCCUUUGCCUCUCAGGUGCUACCCUUGAGAAAUACAGCUGCCCAUUUGGUGCAAGGGAAGGGUUGCUGAAACUGCUCUCAGAGUUAUGAGCAAUCUCGUCAAAUUGUAUAGAACCUACUCAGGUCUUGUACAGUUUUUGGAGAUACAGUCUUCCUAAGGCAGAUGCAUUUUAGAGCUCCUGGUUGUGCCUUGGAACAAAGACUUUUUGGAUAUCUGUUACAAAGAAAAUUAAGACAAUUGCAGGAUCUGAACGGCCAUUUGUCCAAAUAAUUAUAUAUUGUUAAAAUCUUAUUCAAAUCAUUGUUUUAUUAUAAGAUACUGAACUACUAAUUCAAUUCUUAACUGCUGCUUGCAUAGCUUUAAGCUUCAAAUGAAAAAAAGAAAACCUCUGCUACUCUGGAUGAAUGGCUUUUAAGAGUGGCCCUCCAGACCUCUCUGCCUGGCCCUUGGAACUCUCUGAGGCCACACCUUCUCUCUGCAAGCCACACCUCUCACUGGUCCUGUUUUGCCUCUGAUGCAGCCUUGCCUGGCUGCAAGGUGUCCUUGAAUCUGAUAAUACUAUAGGAAGAAAACGUUUACAUUUAUUGCUUUACCUUCACUGGCAUAUGGUCUCUGGAAAUUUGCCCAGAACCCAGAAAAAGGUUCCCCACCACUGGUGUCAUUAGUUCUGAGACUGGCAAACAUCCAGAGCUAAAUUUCAGAGUCCUGGGCAAGAUUUACAAGUUAUAUUGAACCCAUAGCUACUCUUCAAGUCCAUAGUAUCAAGGACAACUUACCUAUAUUUGCAUGCCAGUUCUGUGCAUAUUCCUGCCUCCCCUUCCAGCAGCAACCAAUGAUGUGAUCUGUGGGAAAUGUGAGUGGCAGGUAGGUGGUUGCACUGCAGCAGGGAUAUCAUCUAGCUGGCCUUAUGGCUCUUUCAUAAGAGAGCCAGCGUGGUGUAGUGGUUAAGAGCAGUGGACUUGUAAUCUGGUGAACCGGGUUCGAUUCCCUGCUCCUCCACAUGCAGCUGCUGGGUGACCUUGGGCUACUCACAGUUCUCUGAAGUCUCUCAGCCCCACUCACCUCACAGAAUGUUUGUUGUGGGGGAGGAAGGGAAAGGAGAUUGUUAGCCGCUUUGAGACUCCUUCGGGUAGUGAUAAAGCGGGAUAUCAAAUCCAAACUCUUCUCUUCUUCUUCAUAUUAUAGGCUGUUGCAUCUCAUACAGAGCUUCCCAUGUUUUAUAUUGAGAUGGCCGUAAUGUGUGAAUCAACACACAAAUAAGCAAAACAUCCUUCAUCUCUUGUUACAGGAAUUCCUUAAAGAAAGCGCAUAUCCACGGACUAACUUAUGGCGUUUCCCAAGGCAUAAUGUACUUCACCUACGCCGCUUGUUUUCAAUUUGGUGCCUUCCUUGUGGAAGGGGAAUACAUGGAUUCUAAGAACGUUUUCUUGUAAGAUCUCUGCUGCUUUUCUUUUUUUUAUUGGGGUUUAAAAGAAACAAACUAUCAUGAAAUCAGCAGUAAUAAAGGUGUGGAUUUUCCUGCAUUUUACGAGGGGUUGAGGUUGCAUUCUCAGCUGAUAUAUGGGCUGGAUCAGGCUGGAUCUAUCUCCUAAAUUGAAGCUGUGCAAUUGAUGGAGGAGAACUCACGCCUCCCCAGACAAAACUGGCCUGUUGGGUGUUCACAUGUGGGCUCUAUGCACUUAAAAUCCAAUGGCCCUGGACCUGAAAUGCAUACUCUGUACCCCAAAGCCAAUAUGGGAAUUAAUGGUUUCUUUGGAGGUCCACAUGCUGGGUUUUACAUAUGUAUGUCAGAUUACUGGCCCGUUAGGCCAGGGGUGGCCAACCUGUGGACCUCUAGAUUGUUGGACUCCAAUUCCCAUCAGCCCCAGCCAUCAUGGCCAACAGUCUGGGACAAUUUGUAAUCUCUCAUCAUCUAGAGGGUCAUGGGUCAGGCACCUAAUCUGGUGUAAAAUUGUCUAUUUUGACUUGCAAAGACUCCCUGGGGUCUUAGGCAGAGGACUUUCACAUCACCUGCUAUCUACGUCUUCUAAUGGGAAGUGCCGAUAGUUGAACCUAGGACAAGUGCAUUGGUAAAGGGGCAAAGUCUUGUUCCCCUUGUUGCAUGUAACCUUCAUCAGAGAGAUCAAAAUAAAUGCAUUACAAAAAUGGAAGCAGGGUGAAAUUUUAAAACUGUUAUUAUUAUUAGUAAAAAAUUGUUUGCACUUCUAGGGUAUUCUCAUGCAUUGUCUUCGGUGCCAUGGCGCUAGGACAGACAGCUUCAUUUACACCAGACUAUGCCAAAGCGAAGAUAUCUGCAGCUCACAUGUUCCAGCUGUUUGAGACUGUACCCUUAAUAGACAAUUACAGUGUUGAAGGACACAAGCCUGUAAGUUGAUCCCUGGGCAUUUUUAUAUUAAAGGUAAAGGGUAAAGGGACCCCUGACCAUUAGGUCCAGUUGUGGCCAACUCUGGGGUUGCGGCACUCAUCUCGCUUUAUUGGCCGAGGGAGCCGACGUACAGCUUCCGGGUCAUGUGGCCAGCAUGACUAAGCCGCUUCUGGCAGCGCACGGAAACGCCGUUUACCUUCCCGCCGGAGCAGUACCUAUUAUCUACUUGCACUUUGACAUGCUUUCGAACUGCUAGGUCGGCAGGAGCAGGGACCAAGCAACAGGAGCUCACCCCAUUGCGGGGAUUCGAACCGCUGACCUUCUGAUCAGCAAGUCCUAGGCUCUGUGGUUUAACCCACAGCGACACCCGCGUCCCUAUUUUUAUAUUACCUUCCAACAAAACACAGAAAAAGUUUCAGCACUUGAGUUUGUUUCCUUCUGGGUUUGAAGCUUAUGAGCAAUUCAUUGAUGGAUCCAGAGAAUUUGAAUUUGUGCCAUUUUCUUCCUAUUGAUGUAAUCUUAACACAUUUCCAUCGUCCUUCUCUGUUUAAAUUAUAUAUAGGCUUUGUUCAUGGUCCAAGCUCAGAUGCAGUUUUUAAUGGGCAUGCUGGAGACAUAGGGGCCUUCAGUGCUGAGUCAGUUACUGUAUUUUAUUGACUGAUUGAUUUAAAAGCACUUCUAAACCACACAACAUUUUAAAAAUCUCUGAGCGGGGUACACUAUGUAUGAUACAGCAACAGUAUCCAUUAAAAUGAAAAUACAACAUGAUGCCAAUGAAACAAUAUAAAACCAUAUAAAAGUAAAUAUGACAGAAAUUCAGGAAAUUCAUUCACAUAAAUCAGGGUCCAUUCUUAAGAAUCAAGGAAAGCCUGGGCAAAAAAUUAAGUCUUUAUAAGAUGCCUGAAACCACUGAUGGUUGAUGCUUCGUGCAUGGCAGAGGGAGGGACAUUUUGCAGUACGGGGGUAAUAGCAAAAAACGCCUGUUCUCGGGUCAUCGCCCAAUUAUAUUUUGGAGAGUGUGGUACCAUUUCCCCAGAUGAUCUAUGUGAUCUUACUGGUCUCUGCCAGUACAGGCCAUCUUUCAGGUAGCCUGGUCUACAUUGAUUCAGAACUUUAUAUGGUAAGAACAAUACCUUGGACAUGGCCCAGUAGCUGAUUGACAGCUAGUGUAGUUCCCACAGCACAGGUGCAAUAGAUGUACCUCCAGGUGCUCUGCUCAACAACCUAAGCCACAACAUUAUGGACCAACCCAGUGCAUUACAGUAGUCUAAUCAUGAGGUUACUGAUGCAUGAAUCAACAGUGUCUAAGCUACCCUUGUCCACAAGCUUGUGAAUCUAUACCAUACUCCAAGCAAUGCCCACUGUAGUCUUGGAUGGCCGCUACAACAAAGUGCCGUAUACAGACUUUGUAUUUGCAGUCAACUGCAGGGGGAAGACAUCACUCAUUAUAUAGAGGCCCAAGAGAUCACUUUCUGAAACAUUUGUUCACACAAGCAAGCAAAUACACCCAGGCAGAAAUGGUCCAAUUUCUUUUGAGUGACAAUAAUAGCUUUGUAACACAGAGAGAGGGUGGCCCUUUAUGCAAUAGCUGCAAAAAAAUAAAAAAAAUAUUAAAAAAAAAAGGAAACAUGAGUAAGAUGAUUCCGAGGUAUAAUCUGAAAUUAAACUGGAUUUGAGUUAGUUGGUUCUCUGGUAACUUCUCUUUUAUGUCUUGGAUGUUAUAGAUGUAUGAGCCGUAUUGUUUUAUUGGUGCUAUGGGUUUGUCAUGGCCUUUAGUGAGAACAAUAAACUUAUAUCAUUUAGUUUAAAAGCACAGUUCCCAUACCGUACUUGUCCUUCGGCCACCCAUCUUCUUGCAGGGAGCAGCCCUCAAUCCCAACUACUCCUAUAAAACACUCAGAUUUCCAGUUUUCAAAACCAUGUGAGAUGCAGAGAUGGAGCUGUACUUUCUCAUAACAUCAAGGGGAUGUUGCAAAUUCCUCUGUGUCCGCCUCAGUUCCACCCCUUCAUCCAACUAUUAUUGGCAUGUCCAGUCCACUAGGUGCUAACAUGGAAUUGCUCGGCCAUUUUUUCCUUUAACAGGCAGGUCUUGUUUAUUAUCAUUCCAGGACGACUUUGGCGGCAAUGUCGCAUUUAAGCAAGUAGCCUUCAACUAUCCUACCCGGCCUGAUGUCUCGGUACUCCAAGGACUGAGUGUGGCAGUAGAGAAGGGGCAGACCUUGGCUCUUGUAGGAAGCAGCGGCUGUGGAAAGAGCACUCUGGUCCAGUUGCUUGAAAGAUUCUAUGACCCCCUCAGUGGAGAAGUGGUAAAUUACUCGGCUGAGUUUUCCGCACAAUUUGAACGCAGAAUAUAUUAUGUAACACUCGUUCUCAUCAAUUUCAUGCCAGGGAUGCACCUUUUCACUUGCAAAAUGGGGCAAAGUUUGGGGCUGCAUACAAACCAUACAUUGGAGGUACAUGAGAACUGUAGUUUGUGAAGGGUGCUGGGAAUUGUAACUUGGUGAGGGAGUAAACUACGGUUCCCAGGAUUGUUUGCGGAAGCUUUGACUGUUAAAGUGAUAUGAGUGUUUUAAAAUGUAUGGUGUGUAUGUGACCUAUCUGUGAAAUAUUUCUAAUGCAUUAACACACUGCAAGGUGCUCUAAAUGCAUAGUAGUAGUAGUAAUAAAAUAACAACAACAACAAGAAUAAUAAUAAUAAUAAAUUAUUUAUACCUCGCCCUCCCCGGCCAGAGCCGGGUUCAUGGCAGCUAACACCAGUAAAAUUACAGUAGAAACAUAAUGGAGGGGGAAACCAAUUUAAAAAACAGGUUAAAAUGCAAUUUAAAAUGCAGCCUCAUUUUAAAAGUAGCUCAUAGAUCAAAACCAUAAGGGGAGGGAAAUAUAAGGGUCAGACUGAGUCCAAACCAAAGGCCAGGCGGAACAGCUCUGUCUUGCAGGCCCUGCGGAAUGAUGUCAAGUCCCGCAGGGCCCUAGUCUCUUGUGACAGAGUGUUCCACCAAGUCGGGGCCAGUACUGAAAAGGCCCUGGCCCUAGUUGAGACCAAUUUAACCACCUUAUGACUUGGGACCUCCAAAAUGUUGUCAUUUGUGGACCUUAAGGUCCUCCACAGGGCAUACCGCCAGCAUUUUUUAGACAGAUGUUCUGCCUCCCUGUUUUCAUUUUUGGAUUGACAUAUUUUUUUCUGUUACAAAAAGCAGGCAGCUCUCUCUGAAUCUGGGCUGAGAGUUAGGCAGUCACCUCUACUCUGCAAUGGCUCCUCAGUCUCUCUGCUCCUCCUCCAGGCUGCAGCCGGUACUGCAAAAAGCAGUUUCAACCCUGCUUGGAACUCUCAUGUCACUUGUCGUUGGACCCAGAGAGAAUGAUUUGCUUUAGGUGGGGUUGUAACCUGUGUCCCCCACCCCACCCCACCCCCGAGACUGUAGGACAACUCCCAUCAGGCCCAGACAACAUGGUCAAUGGUCAGGGAUGAUGCAGGCUGCAGUUUAACAGUAUCUGAAGAGCCAAAGAUUUCCUAAUCACUGACCUACUGCCACCUGGUGAAUUCCAUGACAAGAUGAUAUUUAAACCAUGGCUUUCCUGGUUCAAAGGUUGUAUAAUCCUGCUUACCUGAAUGAGCAGACAUGGUUAGGACUGCAGCCUAAGUCUUACCUAAACUCUCAAGUUUUCAUACGUCAUCAAAAUGAAUUGGAAUAGUGCUUGAAACAUCAGACAGUACUUUUAAACAACUUGUUAACUGUGCACUAUGUGUAACAGAAAUGUUCAUUAACAGUACCCUGCUUCAUAAAACUGACCAAGUCUUCUUUUUCCAGCUACUGGAUGGCAACGGUGCAACGCAGUUAAAUGUCCAGUGGCUGCGAUCCCAGAUUGGAAUUGUCUCCCAAGAACCGGUCCUGUUUGACUGCACUAUUGCAGAGAACAUUGCCUAUGGAGAUAACAGCAGAGAGGUGUCCUUUGAUGAGAUCGUUGAAGUAGCCAAAGCAGCCAACAUCCAUGCCUUCAUUGAUAGCUUACCAGAUGUAAGUGCAUAAGAACAUAAGACGAGCCUGCUGCAUGUAUGUACAUACACACUCACACUUCGGAAAUGUUGAUUGGAGAACUAGGAACAAAAAAUAAAACUAAAGUCCUAUUAUGUUGCUGGUAUAUCUAAUGGGGCUGAGAUAGAUAGAAGUAUAAUGUUAAUAUAAACCUGUCUUUAUUGGAUUGUCUAUUUUUUGCACAUAGAAAUACAACACUCCUGUAGGUGACAAAGGGACUCAGCUCUCUGGGGGUCAAAAACAGCGCAUUGCUAUUGCUCGUGCUCUCAUCCGCCAGCCAAGAAUUCUGCUACUGGAUGAAGCAACCUCUGCACUUGAUACUGAAAGUGAAAAGGUAAAUGUUUGUAAUUAUUGGGUGCAUUAAAGGCAUGGGUUGCUAGUCAUCAUGGUUUCACUUUAUAGCAUACCCGGGUCUGCUCUGCAACAGUUCUAUCCUAACUGGGCGGGUGGACAAUAGUUAUUUGUAUAGUAGCACUUUGAAGUAUUCAAAGUGUCUUGCAUAUUGUCAUGCUGGCAACAAGCCUGCAAGCUAAGUUAGCAUUAUCUCCUAUAGCAGAGGCGGGAAAUUGGGAGGGACAUCACCUUGCUUAAGGCCAAAUUUAUAGCUCAGCCUCUUAACCUGUAUGUUAUACCACCUCAGUUGUGGCUACCUAAGAACUGCCAACCUAGAAGUUCAAAAGCAAAGUGCAAGUAGAUAAAUAGGUACCAUUCUGGCGGGAAGGUAAAUGGCAUUUCCGUGCGCUGUUCUGUUCGCCAGAAGCAGCUUAGUCAUGCUGGCCACAUGACCCGGAAGCUGUAUGCCAGCUCCCUAGGCCAAUAAAGCAAGAUGAGUGCUGCAACCCCAGAGUCGUCCGCGACAGGACCUAAUGGUCAAGGGUCCCUUUACCUUUAAGAACUAGAGAGGGGCUAGCAGGCCAAUACCCUGGGCAGUUGGCAUUUGGUUGGCAUCUGUCUCUCUUGGAAGACAAUGGAGGAGUGUGCCUUUGGGGGUGAAAUCGAACUGUUGGAAGGUUACAGCACCUGUUGUGGCUGUAGAGACUGAUGCAGGAGAGACAUGUUUUCUUGCAACUGGAGCAUCCUGCAGCUGCACCACAGGGUUUCUUCUCUCUGCACUCCUCCCAGCAGUCAUUCCUCCUCUGGUCCCUGCCAUGAAUACACAUCUUGACUGUCUCCAGGCGCUGCAUCUGCAAGAGUUUCCCACAGGGCGGUGUUGACCUACCAGCCUUUGUGUCAUGUUUGCAAACAUCUUUGUAACACAGAGUUGGUCGGCCAGUAUCUCACUCCUGCAUGUUCUCAUGGAAGGACACUGUCAUCUUGUUGAGCUUAGGCGGACACCCUAUCUAGUUGUGAAGAGUCUUUUACAGCUGAUGAGAUCAAAUGCCUUCGCCAGGUCUAUGAAGGCGUCUCUGCUCUCCGCAUUUCUCCUGCAGCCAGUGCAGUGAGGAAAUUGUUUACCUCUGAACUCCAAAGCCAUGUUGUGACUCGGGAUCUUGUCAGCGAGUGAGUGUAAUCUGAGGCAAAGGCUUUCCCAGUGGUACUCAGCAGGGAGAUUCCAUGGUAGUUGUUACAGUCAUGACAGUCACCCUUAUUCAUGUUGAGAGUCACAAUGCUGGGGCCGUCCAUGUCUUGUAACACUCUGGUAUUCAACUAAAAGGGCAGGUGGAAUAAUGUCCCAUUGCACAACAGGCCUUUCCCCCCCCCCUCUACUCUGCUUGCAAAUACUCUGCACCAUCCCCAAAUCUGCCCCUGGUUCCCCAGUCCUGGCCAUGAUUUGUUAUGAUCUAAGGCGGUUGGAGGUUCUUCAUUAUUACUAUGGUUGCUCAUUGUUUUUCCAGUGAUGCAUUUAUAAAAAUGUUCGGUUAUGAAAGCUUACACAAUUUCCUCAUUGUGGUGAAAUUCCUUUAUUUAAAAAAUAUUGUUCACUACUUGAAUCUCAAGUAAACCCUUUCUAUUUCUGUUUCCCAUUCACUGAAAAUAAUUUUCUGUUUUCAACAGGUUGUCCAAGAGGCUCUGGAUAAAGCCAGGCAAGGCCGCACCUGCAUUGUAAUAGCUCAUCGCUUAUCAACAGUGCAGAACGCGGACAGUAUAGCAGUGAUCCAGAAUGGGAAAGUCAAAGAACAAGGAACACAUCAACAGCUACUGGCUGCAAAAGGAAUCUAUUACGCUCUAGUCAAUGUUCAGGCAGGAUCAGCCCCUGCAUAAAUUAAAACAAAAGCAGAAUAUUGCUAAAGCUGAAUUCACUUCUUGAGAUGGCGAUUGCAAGAGGCACUACUUGUAUCAUCACCAUAUUAAACAAAAUAAACCAGUAUUGGCGGAUAGGCUGAAUUGCAGCAAGGCUUCUCAAACCGAAGCUUUUCCUAUCUCCAUCCAUUUUAUACACUAGGGUGUGCUUACCUUUUGUUCUCAGCUGUCUAGAGACAUGUUUGCUGUCCUUUUCAAAAGUUACAGUUGUUUGAUCACUCCAAGGACUUUGCUUAAAAAUACACACACCUGAAAGUGAAAGAACGAGACAAGCCCUCCCUUUCUUUGCACCCUGGAAGCCAGAACUACAGACCAAGAAGAUAUGUCAACAUCUGAAUGGCUAAUUGAAGUAAGACCAACUAUUAUCUACUAAUUUAAAAAUGGACAAUUGUGCCGGAGCAACAUUGGUGAGUACUCUCAAAGCCAACUAUUUUGGAUUCUCAGUGAAAAGGAUUUUUAUGAAGUCUCAGUUGGCGAUUGUCAAACUUCCUGGAUUGACCUUGGGAUGGCUGCCGUGGAAACCUCACUCCACUGGUUGUUUUUUAAUGAAGCAGCAUUAAGCACGUUUCUUUAUCGCUUCCUCACAACAUACUGGGAAGCAAAUCUACUUGUGUGGCUGUUUUCAUUUGAGACUCCUGAAGAAGACCAUAGAGCCCGACCUAGCUAGACUGUCCCCCUCCCCACAAAUGGGCCAGUCAAAUGCAACUGCCUGUGGGAAAGAGCCUUUUUAAGCUUUGGUGGACAUUGCUACACUCUGUGGCAACAAAUACUGCAGUUAAACUAAGAGCUGCAUGAAUAACUCCAUUCUGUUCUUUAGUAGAGGACUCCAGCUUCUAGUAUUACUGGGAGAACUUUUCUGUCCACUUUCUCCAGAACAUGCCUAAUUUUUAUACACAAAAUAUAUCCCUUCCUACCCACUUUUUCUUCUAAGCUAAAGCCCCCAAAUGUUGUCACCUUUCAUAGAAUCAGGGAACGGACCUCAAAAGUCAUCUAGUCCUACCCCCUGCAGUGCAGAAUCUCAACUAAAGAAUCUAUGACAGAUGGCCAUCCAACCUCUGCUUAAAAACCUCCAAAGGCGGACACUCCACCACCUCUGAGGGAGACAGUUAUACUGUUGAACAACUCUUCCCGCCAGAAAGUUCUUCCUGAUGUUUAAUCGGAAUCCAAGUUGCUCCAGCUCCUUGAUCAUUUCGGUUGCUUCUCUCUGCAUCUUUUCCAGGUCCACAAUAUCCAUUUUGGCAUAAAUGACAGGAUUUUACAGUUUACCACUUUUUUAUAUUGCUUUUCAUUAACUGACAGCUGCAUUGGGUAGUUUCUUGUGGAAGAAUGGGGUAUAAAGAGAAUGCGGAUAUUUAUCUUUAAAACAUAUAAGUGUUCUGAAGAAUUUAAGCACGAUAUGGGUUAGGGAAGUUUGACAGGAGCCUGCCUGCCUUCUUCACAAUGAAGUGUGUAUAUGUACAUACAGAUUAAUCAAGCCAAAACUGUCUUUGAUGUGGUUUUAUUCCAAAGAGAAGAAAUUACAUAAUUGAUAAAAUUAUGAGGGGGUGCUUCGUUUUAAAAUGCUAAGGAAGUCCUGAGAAUUUUGCGGAGCUAUACGCGUGAAGCAACAGUGGUAUACAUACUUUCUAAUAAUCACCUUAUAUAUAUAUAUAUAUAUAUUUGCAAGCUUUCAAGUACAGUUUCAUUUAAUAUUCUUGGUUUGGAAAAUAAAAGCAAAAUUU